AGGGAGGUCAUGUCGCAAUGUCAGACGAGCGCGACAACCCGUCGCAAAGCGGCCUCCGCAACCGCGUCAGCUUCUUCGAGAGAGUGUGGAGCGGGCGCAGCAGCAACGAUUCUGUUGAUGCCACCACCGAUGUAGACGACAUAGAGCGUCGCAUCGAACAGCGUAAACGCCGGCCUGAUUCGCCGAAAAUCGAAGUGAAGUUAAAACAUACGCGUGACACACAGUCGCCGACAAAGACUUUUGAGAGUACGUUCCCGAACUUGAAGUUGAGGCAUGUGGAAACUGAGGAGCACCGGCACACGGACAGGCAGGUCGAAGAGGGCGACCUGGCGUCUGGGGUCCGGCUCGUGAAGUUCGAGCGUGUGGUCAAGAGGACGGUGGUGGAACGGGAGGAGAGGCCCGAGUCCCCGGAGUGGUACUCGGAGUACAAGCAGCAUGCGCUGAACACUGCGCCCAAGAAGGAGUAUUUGAGAAGCAGAUCGGAAUAUGACUCUCACAUCGCAGAAAUACGAGAUGAACAGGAAAGAGUACAAAAGAAGACGUUUGUUAAUUGGAUCAAUUCACACUUAUCGAAGAGAAUACCUCCUAUGCGAAUUGACGACCUAAUCUACGACUUACGAGAUGGAACUAAGUUAUUGGCCUUACUUGAAGUUCUAUCAGGAGAGAAGCUGCCCAUGGAGCGUGGCCGAGUCCUCCGCAGGCCGCACUUCCUAUCCAACGCAAACACAGCACUCCGCUUCCUCGCGGGCAAGCGGAUCAAACUGGUCAACAUCAACGCAGCAGACCUGGUGGACGGGAGACCGGCUGUCGUCCUUGGUCUCAUCUGGACUAUUAUAUUGUACUUCCAGAUUGAAGAGAACAGUCGCGCGCUCGAAUAUCUCGGCGGGUCAAGGUGUGCGUCCGUCAUGUCGCAGGAGUCUGGUGCGGCCACUCCGACCCAUAGAGCUGAAGAUCGGUGGAAGCAGGGCGCUAAGAAGACCCUGCUGCAGUGGGUGGCUAAUGCGCUGCCGAAGGACUCAAACAUCCAAGUAACAGAUUUCGGUCCGUCCUGGCGCGACGGUAUCGCCUUCCUGGCCAUCAUAGACGCGAUCAAGGCGAACCUCAUAAACCUCGCCGAAAUGAGGAGAAAGACAAACAGACAACGGUUGGAACACGCGUUCGAUGUAGCUGAAACGGAACUGGGUAUUGCUAGGUUGUUGGAUGCUGAAGACGUGGACGUUGAUAAGCCAGAUGAGAGGUCCAUAAUGACGUACGUCGCGCAGUUCCUGCAUAAAUACCCGGAGCCUAAGACAACUGGUCCCGACGCCGUAGCAGCGGUACAAGAAGAAUAUGAAUUGCUCAGAGCGUGGCUGUCUGAGCGUGUUACCACUAUCCAACGACAAUACGAUUCCAGAACACUAUCCAGAAACUACCAUGACUAUCUCCUGGCCGAGACAGAAAGACUGGCCCGUGAACCAUUGUACAGGAAACUAGAGAAACUCAUGUACACACAGAGUCUCGUCGCCAUCGCCCCAAGUUCCUGGAGAGAGCUCGUAUCACUCUGGAUAGAACUUGAAAGACUUCACAGAAAGUGGCUCUGGCUACUUGAUUCAGAACUACCUGGAGACUUCCGUGUCGUUGGUGAAUGGCUUGCCCGUGCCGAGUAUCUUUUGUAUUUCGACGAAAUACCGACUGCCCUAGACGAAAGAACCGCUGCAAUCAUCAGCGAAAAACUCGAAGAACAUACAAGAUUCUUCGCUGAUCUACCAGACGUCAUUGAACGUUUCGAAGCCGCAUUGAGGUCGCCGGAUGCAUCCCAAAUCCCCCCAGAAAGACUGCAAAACAUGAAGGAGCGCUUACAGACCGUCAGUCUUAAUGCUCCCCAAAGAAAAGCGAGAUUGAAGUAUCUCGAACACAAAUGCUGUAUCGUGGCUUUCACGGAAUUAACGAAGGCUAAAUUAGCCGCAUGGACCGGUAAAUACGGUCGCAUCGAUCACGUACGUGCCUUAUUAGAAGAUUAUGAUAAUUUCGUCAUUAAGAAUAAGAUAUUCCAAGAAUUCGAUAGAGCUUACGUUGAUAUAAAGCAAGUAGCAGAAGAGUAUAAGAGAGUGUGUGAAGUUGAUAGGACUGAAGCGAGAGAGAUUGAUGCGUUCUUACGUGAUGUGUCUGAGACGUGGAGACGAGUGGCAUCUGAUGUGAGGUGCGCUCGAAGUGUGCUUGAAGAAGUGAUUGCCCAUUGGGAAAGAUGGACAUCGAUAUCAGACCAAUUCACUACAUGGUUGGACAAAGCGCAGCACAUGCUGCGAGUUUCAGAAGACGAGAGACUAGAAUUCUUCCAAGACUUAACUGUGUGGAAAGAGAAACAUCAGCUAUUAGGAGAUGCUGCCGGUUUCCUAGUAGCUACUUGUACAGAAGAACACAGUUCAGAAAUCAAGAGAAAAUAUGUUGAAAUUACUGAAAGAUGGGAGCGUAUAUGGGAGGAAGCAGAACGCUAUGUCCGUGGUGGAGAUGCUCUCCGUCACCGCCGUGAGCUUGCAAAUGGAAUCCAAACCUUGGACUCAUGGUUAACAGCAGCAGACAAUUUGCUUUCCCGCCAACCCCGAGCAAAUACUACAAGUAUUCAAGCAUACAUCGAUCAAUUAUUACAGUUGAACUCUGAAAUUGAACAACACGAGGAAUUGUUCAAAUCCAUCAGCAGGACGUUCCAAAAUGCAAUUGCUGAACUUCCACGUGAUGAAGUGGAAUCCAACAUGUCUAAACUUAAGCAGCAGAAAGAAGCGUUAGUCAGAGUUCGAGCUACAGUACCAGUUAAAUUACAUCAAUAUAGGCAAUUGCUGGUGCAACAUGAAUCUCUUGAAACGGGACAAAAGGAAAUUGGACAGUGGUUGGACAAAGCUGAAGAGGCUUUGCGUACAACCACAGAAACUAGACGUGAAGUAAUAGAAGAAACGUAUGAGAUUCACCGUACAUUCUUCUCAAGAACCACAUACUACCGAUCAAUGUUGGAAAGCAAAAACAAAGUCUUCCAAAACAUCGUCAAAGCUGCGGACACUGACAAGAGUGCCGAUGUCUCAGAUCAACUAACGCUUAUGCGGGAUCUCAAUGAAAGGUUCGCACACGUGUCAUCGGAAGCUACAAGACGCGAGGCUGAACUUCAACGCCUAGUCCGCGCUUGGGAAGAAUUUGAAAACAAGAAACGCGUGGUGGAAGACUGGGCGUCAAGAGCUGAAGCUCUGCUCGCAGACAACAGAGUGGACAGCAAGCAAGCUUUACACUUACAUGAACGGUUCUUCCACGGAGCUGACGAAAGGGCCGUGUCGGAACUGGUCCGGUCUGGACGGGAGCUCGUUGAGCUGGUAAACGAACAAGACAGACCAGGCAUAGUACGAACUGUAGAAGAGUUACAAAAGAGAUGGAAAGACCUUCUAGAACGAGCGCCGCCUCACCUCAUGAGGCUGGAAUUCAAACUGGAUGAAACUGUCUUCCACCACUGCAUCAAGGAUAUUGAAAAGGAAAUUGUUUAUGAAGAACAAGCGUUCAACCAAAGUGAUGAUGCAGAUGGUAUACUGAUCAGGAAUGAGGAGUACUUCCGCAAUCAGGGCAAGGUGAUGCAGGUGGAGCACUGUCUGCAGAACUUGAAGAAGAUAUCCACCAGUUAUACACAGCAAACUGGCGAUACUAGCUUGGAAGAGGAAUUGAGAAGGUGCGAACAACAAUGGGAAUCAACAGUGCACCGUGUAGAGAACUUCAGGCAACAGUUACAACAGAUACCCGCAAAAUGGGACGCCUAUAGAGAGAAGUUCCGUGAAAUGGAACGAUGGAUGGACCAUGUGGAUAAGACCAUGGAUAGUAUCGUCAGGGAAGUGGACUCCGCUGAGGCGUUUGAGAGAGAAAAGACUAUAUUCCAGAACAUCUGCCGUGAAGCCGAUCGCAAGCGAGAAGACAUGAAGUGGCUUGUUCAAACUCUGGACAUGCUCUCCAACCACUGCUCGGACACAGAAGCCCAAGAAGAACAAGUUAAACUAGAAAAUCUCAUUUCUAGAUAUAAGAACCUUAUACCAACCAUUGAAAUCACCAUGAUUAAGACUGAAACUUAUACCAGAUGUUAUACCUACCGUAGAGAAGUCCAUGAAGUUAUUUGCAUAUUAGAACAUGCUAAGAAACAAGCUAUGGUAGAACCUGAACCACAAUCAUUGCAACAAGUUGAGCAAUUGGUACUUGAACAACAGACAGCUGUGCAAAAACUCGAUAGACAGCGACCGUCGGUAAUGUCUAUGUUGCAACGCGGCAAGGAACUCAUUAAGGACGCGAAUGCACCAGCAUUUGUAAGAGAAGAUGUGAGAAACCUUGAAUCUGGCUGGAAUGUAGCUUACGAAUCUAAUACCGAUCUACUUCACAGACUUCGUGAUACACAAAAAGUGUGGUCUAAUUACGAAUAUCAAAAGGAAGAAUUGUUAUCAGAUAUUGACAAGAUUGAAAACUAUGUUGCUCACCCUGGCUUGGAAUUGGGGGUUACUAGCAUUGGUCGUGAACUUCAAGAGACCCAAGCUAUUCAUGCAGACAUAGAUAAAGCCAAGACAGAAAGAUUACCACAGUUGCAACAAGCUUAUGCUGAAUUGCAAACUCUCACAUCUAACAAACCAAAACCUGUCAUUGAAAAAGACUUGGAAACAAUUGAACGUAAAUUAGAUCGCGUGCAGGAUGAAGUACAAAAUAAAGUUGUACAUCUGGAGAAGUUUAAUGAGGAAUGGACAAAAAUUGAACGAAAAUUGGAAGGUGUACGUGAAUGGAUUAAAAAAGAGAGUCCUGCGCUAGUAUCGCAGAUCCAGUCAGAAAAUAUAACGCCCGAAGAACGAGUCGUAAAGUCACAAUCCCUGCAAAAAGUUAUUGCAGAAAAAAUGGACAUUAUUAAGAAUGUCGCGGAACAAGGAACCAAAUUGGCUGUUGAACACCGCGUCCAAGAUUCAAAUAGGCUUAAAGGAGAAAUUGCCUUGUUAGAAAAGAUGAUGGCUGAUUUACAGCGAUCAACAGAACAACAGACAAAGGUUGUCGAGCAUGACCUUGCCAGUUGGCAGAAAUAUCAAAAGGGAGUCGCAGAAAUAAAACCGUGGAUUGAAGAGGCAGAAGUAAAGUUGGGUAGUUUCCCUAAGCCUACAACACUGCCUGAAGCCCAACAAUUGCAACAGCAAUCAAGAGCUCUGCUAACCGAUUGCGAUAAACAGUUAAUGAAUUUACAAAUUUUGUCAAGUGUCAGUCACCAGUUGUCCGGCAAAACAAGUGCCCCAGAUGAAGUGGACGCUAUUCACUCUCGAUGGGCCAUUGUCCACGAUAUGGCUGACCAAUGGAAUAGCAAACUGGACAAAUUAGUUUCAAACUGGGAGAACUUUGAAAGAGAAUCGGAAAAACUCGAAUCAUGGAUAGAGAACGGCGAAAAACUUUUAAGCAGCCGUAACAUCAAUAUUGAAACACCCCAAGUUGAAAAACUCGAUCGUGAACUAAAUAAAUUGAAAUCUUUUGGAAAUGAAAUUUCGCAGCAACAAGCAAAAAUCAUUACUCUUUCGCAGACUUGCGAUAACAUUUGUCACAGUAUCCAACCAGAAGGUGCUAAUUUAUUGAAGAACAAAGUAUCUGACAUCAAAGAAAGAACAAAUAACCUUGCUGAAACAGUAAGGGCGCGAAUUAAUGAGUUAUCUGAUAAAAUCAUUGUUAAACAAGAGUUCUUGACCAAAUUACAUAACUUUGAUAACUGGAUAACUGACUUUAGAAGAAAAACCGAGAGCUAUGAUCAAAUAGGUUCUGAUAAAGUUGAGCCAACUUUACAAUCAAUGCAUGUAUUGCUCCAGGAACAUGCUGCUAAAGCACCUGAAUUUACUGAGAUUUACAAUGAAGUUAAAAACAUGACUUUGGCAUCUCAUCCUGAGGAAACUCGUAACUUGAGUGACACCUAUUCAAAUAUCGCAGAUCACUACCAAAUUAUUGAAAGCAACAUUCAACAAAACAAGAGUAUAUUACACAAAUGGUCAGAUUUAUUAAAUUGGUAUGAAGACAAUAAACAACAAUUAAACCAUAUUCAGUAUCAAAUUGAAGGUCCAAAGCUGACCCCUGAAAGCUAUGAAAUUUUACGCCAAGAACUUGUAAAUAUUGUAACCAAAAUACCAGAAUGGAAGAGUAAUGUAGCUCUUUUAGAUGGUCCUUCAAGAAUCAAAGUUACUGAUCAAAAUACCGGAAGACUAAUUUCACCUACAAGUCUAGUUAAAGAAAUUGAAACUAAAGCAGAUGCCUUAUUGAAUCAAGUUAUUUCUAAGAGAGAUUUAGUACAAAAAGUAGGUGCCAGAUGGGAUAAAUUCAAUGUACAGCACAAAGCAUUGUCUGAAGUUUUGCAUGGUAUUCAAUCGUCAUUGAAUGAGAUGGCUCAAAAACCUGUUCCUUUAACUGACGAUACUAUACAGGCCAUGACUGAACAAUUAGAUCGUUUAGAUGCAGAAUUAAAAGAAAAACAAAGUGUAAGGAAAGAGCUACGAGAAGAAGGAUUGCACCUAAUGCGAGAGGAUCAACCAAAUAUGGGUACGAUCCAAAAUGCUUUAUCGGCUGCUGAUAAUAGUUGGGACCAAAUAGUGAACUCCGUCCGUGAUACUAAAAAUAAGUAUAUUUUACUUUCGUCUACAUUACAAGAACUGAAAAACUUUACUGUUGCCUUUGAUAGGGAGAUUAACAGAGCAGAACAACUUUACAACGAGUGUAAAGAAGCACCAAAUGAUUAUGUGCAAACUGCGCAAUCUUUAGAAAAGGCCAAAAAAUCAUACGAGGUGCUGAAACGAUCUAAAGGACUAUUAGAUCAAAUGGACGUUAUUAAACAGUCAGUACUUAAACAAGCCUCAACUUUGGGAGGAUUUGAUACAACACCACUAGAAGACGCUUUCCUAAAUUCACAAACACACUGGGAAAAAGUGAAUGAUGCUGUAAUUAAGAGAAUACAAGAUUUGGAAUCACAACUUCUUGUUUGGCGACAAAUUGAUGAUGUUAAAAACCAAGUAAUUCAAUGGCUUAGUGAAACUGGCCAAAAUCUUGCAAAUGCUUGUGAUAAUUUAGAAAUUAGAUUUGGCCAGAAUCAUUUAAUGAAAUAUAAAGAAGAAUUGCCUAUUUAUUUAGGUUUAAAAAAUAGUAUUAUGGCCAAAUGUGAACAGAUAACAAACUUAAAUAAGAGCAUACCAGUUACACAGGUAUCUUCGAUUGUUGAGUACUUAGAUAACGAAUUCGAAGCACUCAAAUCCCUAGCUGAAAACUUGGAAAGUGCGGUUUCCUCUCUUGAAACAAAAGAGAACAAAUUUAAAGACAGCAUUAAACGCUUGUCUGACAAAGUAAGUAAAGUUCGUGAUGACAUAAUAAAAUGCGACGAUAUGUCUGGAGAUAAUAAUAAAAUCUUAGAUCGCUUGAAAAAGUGUCAGCUAUGCAAAGCGGAACUUCAAAAUUUAAGCGAAGAGAUUGACAAUCUAUCACAAAAUGUUUCGGAGAUGAAUGCAAACUAUCCAGGAUUUUAUGAAUCACUUGUACCUAAAGAGCUCAGCAAUCUCCAGAAAAGGUUUGAAAGCGUUAUAACACACGCAAACAAAACAGAAACGACUUUACUUACCUUCUUACAAAAAUCGUUUACUGACAAGCUUAGUGUGUUCAACAGAAACUUGAAAAUAUUGGAUGAUAAGACCAGGUGGUGUAUGCCUGAUGUUACAAGUGACAAAUAUAAUCUGGAAGUCAAAUGUGCCGCACUUGCAGAUGUGGGUGUAGGUAUUGAAGAAUGUAAUAAAAAAAUGGUAGAAUUGAAAGAAGCUUGCGAUACUUUACGUGUUGUCGCUGAACCAGCUAGUGCUCAAGAAGCUGCUGUACAGACAGAAAAAGCUCAGAAAAAUUUGGAUGUAUUACAUUCAAACUAUGAGGAAAUAAACAAAAGAUUAAAGGAGAAUAUUGAAGCUUGGCAAGAGUAUGAAACAUUAUUAGAGAGUGUUUCAGAAUGGCUUAAAGAUAAAGAAAAUCAAGUUCGAUUAGAAGCGGCUAAUCUCAGUGAUUUGGGUGACAUAGAUAAUAAAAUAACCCAGAUAGAAUCACUGAAUAAUGAGGUAAGAAACUAUGAAAGUGAAAUCAACAGACUGACUCAAAUUGGUGACAAUGUUUUAUCUCAAAAUCCUGAUUCCCGUGUUUCGCAGUAUAUAAACCAUCUAGUAAAUAGGUAUCAAGCCGUUGAGAAGUUUAUUGAUAACCAUCUUAAGAGAUUAAAUGAUCUAAAGAAAAAUAAAGAGAAGUAUGAUAAAUCCACCGCUGAAUUUAAAAAUUGGUUACAAGAUGCCAAUGCCAAAAUAGCAGACUUAGCAGUUAUGAGCAAGCAUUCCAAACCGUCAGUUGCGGACUUAGAGCAAAUUAAGAAACUGAAUGAAAACAAGGACGUGGGACAAAGGUUGCUUAACAGUGCCAUUGAAUCUGGAGAGUCUUUGUUCAGUGGUAUAACACCAGAAGGUCGUGAAAAAAUAAGAAAUGAUUUAAGAGCAUUGCGAGACUUCUUCGAAGAUUCAGUUGAUUCACUGAACAAUGUUAUUAAAGAUAUUGAAACUACUCUCAAUAAACGAUCAUCCUUCGAUGAUACGUUUAAUCAAGUUCAGAAAUGGAUAGUUGACAAGGAGAGUGAAUUAGGAGAGUUCAAAUUAUCACCAACUUUACCCGAUAAGAAAGCACAGCUACAUGGUUAUAAGAUAUUACACCAAGAGGUGGACCUUCAUCAAUCAAUGCUUUCCCAACUUACUGAAAAAAUAAAGUUAAUGCCAGACGAAGAAGCUGAAAAGAGUUUAGGAAAAAUAAUUGAAAGGUAUACAAAUAUGUCUAAAGAAAUACAAAAAAGAAUUGCCUCAUACGAAAAUUACGUGGCCGAUCAUGAAAAAUACGUGCAAAUGUUCGAGGAAACACGAGACUCUAUCAACCAUAUUGUUGCUGAAAAUAGCAUGAUACAUUAUGGUGUUGUAUCGCAAAAAGAUGACAUUGAUGGUAAGAUCGCUGUUAUUGAAAAGGUGACAUCAAAGGCACAAGAAUUAGAUAAGGCUUUAGAAAAUCUAAAAGGACAGUUACACAAAGUUUUAGAAACUACUAGUGCAAAUGGUCAUCCUGUCUUAAUUAGCGAGUUCGAGCAAUUAAAGACAGUGUGGGAUCAAUUUGCAAAGCAAUGCAAAGAUCAAGAUAAAAAACUUAAAGAUAUCUUGCAACAAUGGAAUGAAAGCCAGAAAACACUUGAUGAACUAGAAGAGUGGCUUAAAGUUAAAGAAAAUCAAGUCCGAGACCAAAGUUUGAAGAGUACGCUAGAAGCUAAAAUUGCUCACUUGCAAAGACUGAAGGAAAUACAAGAUGAAUUAAAAUCCAAGCAACCAAUUUUCGCAGCGUUAUCAGACACACAAAAUGUGACUAGUGAAUCAGAAUUAACUAAUAAAACAUCUAAGUUAGCUACCAGGUUCCACUCAUUAAAUAAUUUGGUGAAUGAAUUAAUUUCCAAGUACGAAGUAUUUGUAUCGGAACAUCGAACAUUUGAAUCUGAAUAUAGUGACAUGGAAAAUUGGCUAGCAGGCAUGCUUGGUGAGUUACAAGACUUAAAUGAAAUUGUAGGAGAUUACGCAGUGCUACAAGAAAAACAAAAUAAAGCUAAAGAACUAUAUGAAACGAGAAAUAAGAAAACACCAGUCUUUGAAGAGUUUCUUAGUCUUGGUGAAAAGCUAUAUGCACACACAAGCCCCGAUGGCAGAGAAGUCAUUCGCCAAAAAAUACGAAAAAUUAGAUCUCUAUGGGACAGUUUCGGGGAUAGCUUCCAAGAAACGGUUAACAAGUUGGAUCAAUGCCUGCUCCAAUUUUCUGACUUUUCACUAGCACAAGAACAAUUGACAAAGUGGUUGAAGGAUGUCGAGCGAGCUAUGCAAAAACAUACUGAACUGAAGGCAUCUCUUGAAGAAAAGAAGGCACAAUUACAAAAUCACAAGAUAAUGCAUCAAGAAAUUAUGACACAUCAACAAUUGGUCGAAUCUGUUUGUGAUAAAGCACAACAGUUAGUUGACCAGACUCAUGACGCUUCCCUUAAUGUUUAUUUGCAAUCUAUCAAACAAUUAUUCCAAAAUAUUGUUACGAAAUCGCAAAACCUUCAAGAAAAUUUGGAGGAAUGCGUUAAAAGACAUGAAGAUCUAUCUCGUCUUAUUCAACAAUAUAAAGAAUGGAUUAAUGCUCAAUCAGAAAAGUUAUUAGACAUCGAAAAUGCGUCAGGAGAAAAGCCUGAAAUUGUAAGGAAGCUACAAUCUGCAUUAUCUCUAAAAGAAAUAGAAAAAGUUGGCUCAACUAAGCUUGAUGAAAUUCGUUCCGUAUUUUCUGUCGUAAGUAAGAGUACAUCCGAAGCCGGAAAUGUUGCGAUCAAGGCAGAAAUUGAUAACUUACAAGAACAGUUACGAAGUGCAGUUGAAGGUAUUGAUGCCUCGGAACAGAAAUUAAAACAAACAUUGAAAGUAUGGAAUAACUUCGAAACUUCAAUUGAAUCUAUAUCAGAAUGGCUGAAGGAUAUGGAAUCAAAAUGCCGUGAUCAAGCGCUUUGCUCUACGUUACAAGAAAAGGAAGCACAAUUACAAAGAUACGUCGAUCUUCGCAAUGCUAUUUAUGCAAAGGAAAAGGAAAUUGAUAAUUUCGUCGAUGAAUCACAUAGCCUCAUACAACUGAGCGGAGUUGAAAGACUAAAGCCACUUGUGACACAAGUAAAUAGUCGCUAUCAGCAACUACAUUUAAUCUCAAAGGAAAUCGUGACGCAUUGGUCAGAACUAGUUGGAGACCACAAAAAAUUCCUGCAAUUGCAAAAUGAGUUCGAUGCGUGGCUUAAACCUCUUGAGGAACAAUUAUCUCAAAUGGUAGCUAAGGAAGAUAAACUCAGCAUAGAAAGUAAAGGUAAUAAAUUGCAAGUGUUCUUGUUAGAAAAAGAUAACGGUGAACAUAAAAUAACUAUACUCACUACAGCGGGAGAUAAAGUUCUUCCAGAAACAGCAGCCACUGGAAGGGAAACUAUACGAGCAGAUAUAAGAGCUCUUAGAGAACGGUGGGAUAAGUUUAAUGACAGCAUUCUACAACAGCAGAGAGAAUAUGAAUCUCAAACAUUACAGUGGUCUAGUUAUCAAGAUGUUCUUCAACAGACUUUGUCCUGGUUAGAUGAAAAAGAAAAAAUAAUUGAUAACGAAGAGAAGGCUACCCUUAAUUCCGCACAAGAAAUUAAGAGCAAAAUAUUGAAAAACAAAACCUUACUUCAAGAAAUAUAUUCUCACAAAAGAGUUAUUGAGACAGUAACUGACAAAGCUAAGACUGUGGCUGCAAGUAUUCAAUCAGCACAAGGAGAAAGUGAUCAAACUACAUCUAUCAUUCAAUCAAUAUGGGAUAGAUACAACACUCUCACUACUAGACUUGCUGCUAUUAUAGACAAACAUGAGAGCUCGUAUGAAAUUUAUCAGCAAUGUACUGAUCAACAAAAAUCAUUGCAAGAUUAUCAGAAGAACUUGUGGGAUAGACUUCAUCUUCUGUCAGAUUUCACUGGCAAUAAAGCUGCGCUACAAAGCAAAUUAGGUAAAAUACAAGAACUUCUUGAUGCUAUACCUUCUGGAAAUAAUAAAAUAAAGAUCUUGUCAGAUCUAAUUGAAAGCAAUAGCGCUAAGUUGUCUCCGCGUGGUAAGGAAGGUAUGUUGCGAGAACUGGGACUAAUUAAGGCUGAUCUAGAAAAGUUUACGACCACUGUUCAUGAUGUAAAACGUGGUAUUGAAGACAAAAUUCAACAAUGGAUUGAGUUUGACAGCGCUAACGACCGCCUUCAGCACUGGUUAAGCGACACUGAAAUGAGUCUUAAAACUUAUACACCAAAGGCUACACUGGAAGAAAAAAUUGACCAGCUCAACAAAUACCAGGAUUUGAGUAAAGCGAUUGAUAAUCGUGAAUCUGAUUUGAGUGCAGUCAUUAGUUUGGGAGAAGCAUUGGAUCAAGCAAUUUCAGCAAAUUUGAAAAAGGCAGAAAAUGAUGUAGAUAAAUUAACAGAUGAGUUUAGCGAUCUUAUUGAAAACUGCCAUGAUACUCGCAUUACCAUGAAUCUGCAGCAAAUGACGUCUCGAUUCCAAUCCGUUCAUUCUACAGCGAAGGAACUCGUUAAGAAAUGUCAGCAAGCAGUCAACGAUCAUAAUGCUUAUCAAGAGAAAUACAAACAAUGCACCGAUUGGAUACUGGCAGCACAACAUAAGUUUGAUGAAUGCCAGAAAGGUUUAUCUAAUACCCCUGAAGGUAUUAGUGCAAAACGUGAAGGUCUUAAUGACCUAUUAAGUCAGCGACGUAACGCUACUCUACUGGUAAACAACACAUUUGAAUUAGGUGAAAAAUUGUACCCUUCAACCUCACCAGAUGGCAAAGAAAUAAUUGAACAGCAACUUCACGAUAUUCAGCAAGCGGUUGAUAACCUUUAUGAUAAUAUCACGAAAGCUGAACGAGAUUUGGAUUCCGAACUGAAUAAAUGGUCUUCAUUUGAAGAUAACCUAAAAACAGUACAAGAUUGGCUUGCUUUAGCCGAGAAAAAUCUUCCAAAAGAAAUCGAAUUGAAAGCAACGUUAGAUGAAAAGAGAAACCAGUUAAACGUCUACAGGGAUUAUUUACAGGAUGCAUUGUCACAUCAACAAGAUAUAUCUGAACUUGAAAUACGAGCCCAAAAUCUACCCGAUGUUACAGAAGAUAUAAAGAAAAACAUCAAUCAAUUAAAACAAAGACAAGAAUCUGUUUUAACAAGAGCUAAAUCAUUCGUUGAACAGUAUGAGGCUAUUGUUAAUAAUCACCAACAAUACACCAAAGCUGUAAUGGACUUACAAGAAUGGAUCGAAGCUACUCAUAAUACAGCUCAACUUUGGGGAGAUGUUAAUUUAGAACGAGUUGCCUUAAGCAGUAAUUGUGAAAAGUUAAAAUCACUACAAAUGACUCUUCCUGAGGAGAAAAACCGCAUUGAUAAAAUUCGCACGAUUGGAGAAAAGGUUCUCCCUGGUACAAUUAGCAGUGGACAAACGAAUAUUAGAAAUCAAAUUGAUGCAUCACAUCAAGAAUGGGAAGGAUUAGUUUCGUUUAUUAAUAAGACAAUCGAAUCCUUAGAAAAUAAGAUACAACAAUGGAAUGAAUAUGAAAACAUGAAAGAUCAGUGCUUAGCGUGGAUAAGAAACACUGAUAACCAAAUUCAUGGUGUAGAUCUUAAGGCAACUUUACCUGAAAAACAAGAACAGUAUAACAAAUUCCAAGAGUUGCAAGGAGAGGUGCGUGCUAAAGAACUUGAAAUUGAUAAUAUCACUGAGAGAGCGCAACACUUGUACACAGGCAUGUUAGGUCCACGUGGUUCUCAAAUAUCCGAUCUAACAGUUAAAUACCAAACACUGUGUCAAAAAGUCAAGGACUUAACAAACAGGUGGCAACAAUACGUUAAGACGCACCAAGAAUUCUCCAGCAACGUUACUGAAUGUUCUCAAUGGAUAGAAGAAUUAAGAGAUAAGUUAGACUUUUGCGCUGAUCUUAGCUCAUGUUCUCAAGACGAUCUAGAAACCAAAUUAGUAUUGAUACAAAACUUAUUGCUCACUAAAGAUGAAGGCUUUACGAAGGUUCAAUCUUUAGUUGAGUUAGCUCAAAACGUCAUGGCCAAUACCGCACCGGCUGGACACGAAGCUAUCAAUAAUGCAUUAGUAGCAUUACAAGAGCAAUGGUCUGCAUUAUUGUCACGAAUGAUUGAAACGAAGAAUUUAUUAGACGAUUCUGUUACAAAAUGGGCUGGAUUUUUGGAACAAAUUCAACUCGUCGAAAAGAGUAACACAUGGUUAGAAAAUAUGUUGGCAGAACUAACACCAUUUGAAGGUUCCAUGUCUGAUAAGAGAGCCCAACUGGAAAAACUUAAAGAAGUUGAAGAAAAAGCACGUUGUGAUCGUUUAGAUGUUGACAGCCUCAAAGCUAAAGCCUCUGAAAUGUUAGCCAGUGGUCAACAAAAUCAAGUAGCGUCUAAAGCGCAAGAAACAUUAAAUAAGUUUGAUUCAUUGUACGAUAAAAUUAAGAAGUUGUUAGCUGAUCGCGAAGAGCAGUAUAAAGAUCAUAGACUUUACAAAGAAGCUCACGACGAACUUAUUCAGUGGCUCGGUAGAGCAAGAGAAAAGGUACCGUCGUUAAAAUCUAAACCUCUGAGUGACAAACUUGCCAUUGAAAAUUCAGUAGCACCUCUUGACGCUCUAAUUAAUAAACAAGCUCAAGGAGAGCUUCUCCUAGAGCAUUUACAACAUACUGGUGAAGUUGUUCUUGCGAGUACAUCGCCAGAUGGCCAAGUCGUUAUUAAGAACGAAAUGAAAGCCUUGAAAGAAAGUUUCGACCAUCUAUUCAAUGAGAUUAAACAACAAAAGAGUCAAUUAGAAGACAUUGUAAAUCAAUGGAGAGAGUACAAAGAUGAAUAUGAGAGACUUUCGGAUUGGUUGCAACAAAAAGAAAUCCACAUCAAGAAUCACAAAGUUGCAUUACUGGGAACUGCAAAAGAAAAGGGUGGCCAAGUUAAUGAAGUUAAGGAAAUAGUAGAUCAAUUAAAUAAGGGUAAAGCAGAUAUUGAUAAUUUCAAUGCAUCUGCUGCUGGUCUACUUUCAUCGCAUUUGGACACAUACGUCAAUAAUCAGCUCAGACAUUUGAAUUCAAGAUACCAAGUUUUAGUCAAUAUGGCCAAUGACGUAUUGAAGAAAGUUGAAAACAACUAUGAACAACAUCAAGCAUAUGAUGAUAAUUACGCUAAAACAAAGAAAUGGAUUGAUGACGCUUGGGAAAUUACACGUAGUGGCAGUGAAGCCGGAAGUAAUAGCAGUAAAGAUGCAUUGCAGAAACGGUUGGAACAAAUUGAAGACUUAUUGAAACGCCGUGAAGAAGGACAGAACUUGGUACAUGCUACAAUUAACAGCGGUGAAAAAGUAUUGAGAAAUACCAGAUCAGACGGUAAAGAUAAAAUCAACACAGAAAUCAAAGAAUUACAAAACGAAUGGGACCGCCUUGUAAAGAAAAUGACAACCGCAAAAGUUCAUCUUGAAACAGCACUCUUACAAUGGGCUGAUUACAGUUCUAGCUAUUCCCAGUUACAGCAAUGGAUAUCCGAUAGAGAAGCAAAAUUGCAAGAGGUUUGUGAACAAAAAGUUGCCAAAUCAAAGAAGGGUCAAGAUCGCCUUGCGGGUCUCACGGCAGGCCUCAGCCUCGGCGAACGCAAAGCCACCCUACGUCAAACAAACAAUAUUGUUCAGGAUAUCGUUUCGUUUGAGCCCAUGAUUCAGUCUGUUACAUCUAAGGCUUCAGAAUUAAUGCAACAAGCUCCCGCAUCCGAAAUAACCAGCAAAUACGAGAGCUUAUCGAAGCAAGCUAAAGAUUUGUACGAGAAACAGAAAGAAACUGUCGAACAACAUCAAGCGUUCAUUGACGCUGGUUCGGACUUUGUCCAGUGGAUAAGAGCUGCUAAAGAAAGAUUAGGAAAGUGUUCAGACGCGACUGGCGACAAGGAGUCGUUGAGUAGUAAGAUAUCGCAACUGAAAGUUCUAGAAAGUGAACUACCGGAGGGACAAGCUAAGUUACAAAAGGCAUUAGAGCAAGGAGAAAUAUCUUGUGGGCUUGCUGAUGAUGAGGAUAGAGAAGAUAUUGAAGAAGAAGUGGCUCUGAUGCAGGAGGAAUACGAUACUUAUGUUGAGCAGCUCAACAACACGAAGGCCUUGAUCGAAGGCGGUAUCGUCAAAUGGACAGAAUACGAAGAGCAUUACAAGGAAGCCCUGGAAUGGUUGUCAAAGACUGAGAAACUAGUACAAUCCUUCAAUAAACUGCAAAACAACCUUGAGCAAAAGAAAAUCGUUCUUGAGGAAUUCCAAGGACAUUUACAAACGCUAUUCGACUGGCAAGCCGAGUUGGAUAAACUGAACAUGCGCGCACAGACGCUACUAGAAACUUGCGCAGACACAAGGAUCUCCAACGGCAUCACGCAGCUUACGACCAAGUAUAACGCUCUGCUGUCGCUUGCCAAGGAAGUUAUGAAACGUUUGGAAUUGCACUACCAAGAACACCAACAACACAACGCUCUCUAUGGUGAAUGUCAAGACUGGCUCGAUAGAACUCGCGAGAAGCUGAACCAAUGUGCCCAAAUACCAAACACAUUACAAGAGGUCAACAACAAACUCAAUACUGUGAAACUCUUGCGUCAAUCUCUUGAACAGGGACAGAAUAAACUGAGAUAUUUGCUCGAAUUAAAGGAAAAAGUGAUUAUGAAUACAGAGCAGACUGGCGCUGCAAAGAUUCAAGAGGAUACGGAUAAUUUGAAACAAGAGUUCGAUAAACUCAUCGCUGAUUUGCAAGAUGUUCGUAAUAAGUUGACGAAUAGAGCUGCUCAGUUUGAUGAUAUUACAAAGGUGCACAAAGUUCUAGUAGAAUGGUUGGAUGAUAUCGACCAGAAGAUCCAAUCGGACGAUUCGCUUCUCAAUGACCUGUCAGAGAAGAAGGCUAAAUUGGAGAAAUUCAAGACUUUCAACAGGGACAUUGAUUCCCACAAGGACUUGGUGAAUAAACUCAAUGAGAAACUACAAGAAGAUGCGUCAUUGAAAACUAAAGAUUUCGAAGACACUCUUAAACGUUAUGAUGAUAUUAAGAAGACGGUCAAUGAUAUGAUUGAUAAACUCGAGGACUAUGUCAACUCUCACAUUCAAUACAAAGAAUCGUACGACAAUUUCUAUGACUGGAUACGUAAUUGCAAGAUCGAAAUCCAACAAUGCGCUGAUUCGCACGGUGAAAAGGAAGAGGUGCAAAAGAAGUUGAAGAAAGUCAACAAAAUUAUCAACUCUCUGCCUAAAGGCAAAGCUCUAUUGGAAAAGGCUGUGUCACUCAGUGAGGCUGUUCUAGAAACAACUGGAAACGAAGGCAAGGACAAUAUCAACCAAGAAAUUAAACAGUUGAAGAUCGAAUGGGAGAACUUGCAACAGAUCUGCAAAGACACAAAGAAGUUACUAGAAAAAUGUAUUUCUGCCUGGUCAGAUUUCUUGGAAACGUCCGAAAAGAUGACCAAAUGGGUUAAAGAGUUUGAUGGCAAAUUGCAAACAGUGCAAAAGGUCGACAAAAUUACACCGGAAUAUCUUGAAAAGUGUCGCGACUUGCUUGCUCAGGCACUGGCUAACAAACACGUCUUAGAAGAACUCAAUGAUAGAUGUGAAAAUCUUAUGGAGUUGAGCGCUUGCGCGUGGGUUCGUGAUAAAACUGUUAACCUACAGACCGAAUACACAUCUCUAUUGACGAAGAUACAAGGUCUUGUAUCUAACGGCGAAAAGAACCUAUCUGAUCAUACAGAGUUCAUUAAAGCUAAAGAAGACUUACAACAAUGGUUGGAGACCGCCCACGGCACAGUCCAUGAUUCCAUUGGUGUUGGUGAUAUCGAAACAACUAAAGAUAAACUCGAUACUGUCAAACUUGUCAGUAACAGAAUGACUGAAGGACAUCAUCUAUUAGUCGUUUUACAAGAAGCUUUCAAAAAGGCUCUAAACAACACACCACCUGAAGAGCAAGACGCUUUAAGAAACGACGUUAAAGUCUUGCAAGAAAGCUGGGAUCAACUUAAGAUCGAUUUGAAUUCAAUAACAGCUCAACUCAAAGCAGCCAUUGGCAAGUGGGAAGAUUUCGAAGAUUCUAAGAACAAGAUGAACCAAUGGAUCAAAGAUACAGAACAAAAUCUUGACAAAGUCCCGCCAACUGGUGGUGAAUUAGGUGAAAUGAAGACACUCCUCGAGAAAUACAAACAUAUUGAAGAAGAAAUAGAUAACAAGAUGCCUGAACUAGAUCGCAUUAGAUGCGAAGCCAAUCAAUUGAGUAGCUGGGCUAGAAAGCCCGCAGUUAAAGAAGCCGUCGCUGAUAUUGAAAAGAAAUGCAAUGCAUUACGAGCGAAGUGCGCCGCGAAGAAAGCAGAAUUGGAAUCUGAAAUUAAAGACUACAAUCACUACCAUCAAUCCCUACAAGAUACUGAGAAAUGGCUGCUGCAAAUUUCCUUCCAGCUUAUGGCACAUAACUCUCUAUACAUUUCGAACAGAGAGCAAACAGAAGAACAAUUAGCUCAACAUGCAGUACUCCUCGAUGAUAUUCAGAAGUAUCAAUCGACUUUAGAUGAUCUGGAAGCUAAAGGCCGUGCUCAAAUAGAAAGAUACGAAGCUACAACACCUUCUAUCAGAGAUACAGUUGGAAAACAACUAAAGAACGUGAAUGACAGUCACAAGAGCUUAUUGGCCACUGCGCUGCAGAUUGAACGUAGAUUGAGGGAAGGGUUGGCGAAAUUCAAGGAAUAUGAAGACACUUUGGAGAGCAUUUUGAACAACUUGGACGAAUGUGAACCGGCGAUUACGGAGUUGGACGUGCCUGUUGAUGGACUUGCGCAUGGACGUGAUUUACUCGAGAAGGCUAGAGGCCUGCACAACCGUCUGCAAACCGAGAAGAGUCGUCUCUCAGCGGCCGUUGCAGCAUGUUCAGCCGCCGCAGCCUCCGUGUCCCGCCCCUCCUCCCCCGCGGACACCGCCCCCCUCCCCAUCCCCCCACGGGAGCUACACGUACGAGCGAGAUUAGAAGACCUUAUAGAUCAGAAACAUGUAAGCGAGGUGGGUACCGCCCGCGUCGACGCUUUGCUAAAGAAUGUUGAAGCACCCGAGUUCUCGGAGAAAAUGCAACUCUUGGAUAGCAGGGUACAAAGUCAUCUAGAGACGCUCAGAGAAGCGGUGCAAGGAAUGGAAGAAGCAAUGAAGCAAGUGUCAGAGAUACAAGAUUGGAUCAAUGUCCAUAAAGCCCUAGCUAAUGAUUGGCUUUCGAAUCCAUCUAAAUUGCGCCCUGAUGCUGCUAAACAAGAUAUGGCGGCAAUGAAUGAUGCUCUAGCUUCAUUGGCUGAGAAGAGAAACAGAUUACUCACUGAAAUACCAACCGAAGGUCUUGAAGAUGAAAUCAACCUAGAAGAAGAGUUGGAUGAAUUAGAACAAGCCAUCCUUAAAGCUAUUGAAAGAGAAAAGGGUAACCAAGGUAUCAUCGACGAUUUCCGUCACAAAUGCCAAGAAAUCCACGAUUGGUUUGACGCAGUGCUCAAGAAAAUGUGCUUGGCUGAUAAGGGAUCUGGUCUGCCAUGUCCUCAGAAACUUAAUGCUCUUAAAGAACUGUCAGCUGAGUUUGGACAAGCUGGCAAAGAUAAAGUGGACAAUAUUAAGGCUAUUGGAUCAAAAGUUAUCAAUAUAGUCAGCAAUCUGGAGUCACAGCAAGUUGAGGAACAGAUCAAGUCAGUCGAUAGAAGAUACAAUGACAUCGGUAAACGCAUACAACGUAAACUACAAAUGCUUGAGAUUACAUACAAAGCCAUCGAUGGUACAAAGAGCGAAGUAGCCGCUCAAAACGAAUGGAUGCAAAAGGAAAUCGAUAAUCUUCAGCAUCCUGAACCACUUGGAUAUGAUAGCAAGUCAGUUAAGGAACGACAAAAGAAAAUGGCCAACCUUCUUAAAGAAACUGACAGCAAGAAAACAGCCAUUGAUUCGCUAGAAAAGAAAGUCAGCAAUAUUCAAGCUGAAUUAGAACCAUCGGAACAAAUGCAACUCGAGUCUGAAUUAUCUGAAUUGUCAACAAAACAAAAACAACUGGCGACACUGAUCAAACAAGAAAUUGAAAGAUUAGUGGGCUGUAAUGAAGUCAGGAAGAAGCUCGAAAAUGAUAUGGAAAAAGCUAAGAACUGGCUUAAAGCUAAACUGGCAGAGAUCAAAAAGCUCGGCGGUCCAGUGCCGCUAGAAGCUGCUAAGGUGGAAAAAGAAAUAGCAGUUCAUAAGAAACAUCAAACUGAGCUUAAUGACUUCCAAAAUGAUACUCUGAACGAAGUUAUCAGACAAGGCAAUGCUGUGUCAAAAGACUGCUCGAAUGAAAACCGUGCUAAACUUCAAGCUCUUUUGGAAGACUUGAGUAAAAUGUACACGACAGCUAAAGUUGACAUCGAUGAGAAAUUAGCUGCAUUGAACAAGUUAUUGCAAAUCAGAAAUGAAUUUGAAACUGAUGUUGCGAAAUGCCAGAGCUGGUUGAAUGAAGCUGAAGUGGCAGCUACACCAGAGCUAAGAACAACUAGCCUUCAACUUUUGGAAGAACAGUUAGCUAAGUUUGAGAAACUAAGCAAGGAAGCAGAAGAUGUUGAAAAGAACAUCAACAAAAUUAAAGACAAAUCGAAAGACAUCAUGGAUUCGCUAUCCGACUCAAACAAAUUACAACUUAAGGAACAAGUCAAUGUUCUCUCAGAUAGAUUUGCAAGAAUAAAUGCCAUGAUUCAUGACAAGAAGAAUAUUCUACUCAAACAUAUUAAGGAAUACAAAGACGCUGCGGCCAAGAUAGCCGCUGCACUGGAAUUCCUUAAUGAGAUUCAAAACAAACUAAAGGCUUUGAACAAACCUAUUGGCAGUAAAGUAGAAGAUGUCCAACCUAUUAUACAAGCUUAUGAAUCUAUACUCGAUGACUUAAAGAAGAACAAAGCAAUGCUCAAUGAAUUACAAGGUGGAAAUCUACAUGACUUACAAGACAUACUCACAAAGCAAGAUGACUUGAUGAGUACGAUCGAAGACCAAAUAUCAAAACUCAAACAACUGCUGCUAUUACGCGAACAAUUCUUCGCGCUUGUUAAAGAAAUCGAAGAGUUUAUCACCAAAUACACAGAACUCACAUCCGAUAUUGAGAAAUCGAAUGAUUCUUUGGAAGACAAAAUCAAGCGAUACGAUGACAUCAUCGUUAAAAUCCAAGGAUGUGAAGCUUUGUUGGCGACUGCAACUGACAAAGGACAGCAAAUUGCCGCUGAAGGCACCGUGAUCGAUAGAAAUAAUAUCACUGAAUUGUUGCAAUCUCUGAAACAGCAAUUGCUUACACUAAGACGCACUGUUGAGUCCAAGAGGCAGGAACACGAACGUGCUGCGGCAGAGCACAAGAAGCUUGCAGCGGAUCUUUCUGAAAUAUUACAGUGGCUACACGAUAAUGAGGCCGUUGUACAUUCUCGACCACUGCUGAACAGAGAUGUCGCGAGCGUUGAUAAGAAACUCGUGGAACACGCUACAUUAGCAAAGAACGUUCAGUCAUAUUUGGACAAACUGACAAGCAUCACAGACGCUGUUAAGAACGAUGAUGGCGUUCCAGGUACAUUACUCGAGAUGAUAUCAGAAGGAAACUCGCUCAAAACUUCCCUUCCUGCCGAAUUGGCGAACAGAGAAAAACAUUUGCAAGAUAAUAAGAAAUACAGGCAACAAUACCUGCAAAUGGUCGAGAAAUUGAACAUUUGGGUGAACGAAGCGGCCAUACGUCUCGGCAUGGGCAAGAAUGGAACGGACUUUGAAAAUAUAGAAGCAGAUCUUGAAGAACACAAGUCAUUCUUUAAUACUUCUGAACCAGAGAUGAAAGAUCUGGUCGGAAAGCGUAUGCAGGACAUUGUGGACAAAAUAUGGCCAUCUCUAACGGCAUCUGAGCAAGAAGAAUUAUCGAAAGAACACCAGAAGAACACGCAGCUUCUAAAGAAUACGCUUAAUUCUGCCAAGUCUCGUCAAGCUCAACUAGAACAAGACCUGGAGAUCUGGAAGGACUUCUGCCAGCUGGUCGAGAAGAUCAAGGCGAUAUUGGAUAAGAAUGAGAUUCCAGAGGAAGCUGUUACGAGUGUGGACGCGCUCCGCCUGCACCUGGAGAAGCUGAACCAUGCCAAGAAUGACUUAGAGAACCAGCAGCCGCUCCUCGACGUGGUCCGGGAGCGGGCGCGGGAGCUGGCCAGCGGAGCGGACGCAGCCAGCGGCGAGCGGGUCGAGCAGCGUACCGCUGAACUAGCGGAGCGCUGGAGUGUCGCUUGUGAAGGUCUAGCCAAACGUGCGGCCACAGCAGAUACCCAGCUCCACCGCUGGAGCCAGCUACUGGACACACAGCGAAGCCUGUCCAGUGCUAUUACCGCGGCGACCGACCGCCUGCGACAGCUGGACGCUAACCCCAGCACCAGGAGACGGGCUGUGGACACCAGGCAUGCUCUGCAGGAGCUACAAGCUGAAGUAUCAAGCCUGGAAGAGAGUCGUGACGACCUAGUUGAGCACGCGGAUUUCGUCGUGUCUCUCCUUACACCACACUCGCAACAACUUGCGUCUGAAACCAGGAGUGGAGUCGACGAUCUAUUGGAGGCGUAUGAGAAAUUACGACAGACUCUUGCGGCGAGACUCGCAGAGAUAGACGAAAUUGUUUCCGAAUUCGAUCGCGUGUCCGAGAACAUAGAGAAACUCAGACAACAGAUCGAAGUCUACAUCGCUAAAGUCGGGACCUUCUACGUGUACGGGGAGGACGACGCGGACGGUGUGCGCGAUUUGGCCAAACAAGUUUCCGAUCUAGUCGAUAAGACAAAGACGUUCACGGAAGACAGUCGUAAAAGAUACGGAGGCUCGGCGCCGGCUGACGUCGCGCAGGAAUUGUCAGCUUUAGAAUUAUCAGCAGAAGCUUUAGCCGCCGCCAUGGAGGAGAAGGAAAGGGAAUGGAAGCGCGCGCGGACAGCGCGUACCGAAUACGCAACGGACGUUGAGAGCGUGCAAGCGUGGGUGCGCGCCGCAGAGCUCACCGCCAGGGAGCGCACGCUUCCUCCGGAACCUUACAAAGAACGUCUCGUGGCGACCAGAUCUGAAAUUCCAAGUAUCGCCGACCGCAUGGAACGAUUGACGCGCAAUGCGCGCGCUAUCGUUGAAGGAAGCAGGGACGCCGGCGAACGGCAGUUAAUACAAUCGACUGUUACGGCACUAUCGGAACAGUUCAGCGCUGUGUGCAGUGAACUCGAGGCGCGCCAAGCGGCCGUCGAGGACGCUUGCGAUGCGGUGGCCCGGUUCCUUGCUUUACUGGAGAAGGUCCUACUUUGGGUGGAAACACAGCGUGCUUUCCUAGCGCGGCCGUUGCCUUUGGCCGACUUGCAGGAGGCGCAGCAAAAACAGACUGAAUAUGGGAAUGCCCUUAAGAGUUGCAAGCAACAGGCUAAAAAUUUAGCAGACAUGGCCAAAGAAAUUGAAGCGAUCGAACGCGUCACGAGUCCAGGAGAUUUACCUUCUAGACUGGAGGCGGCCGAGAAUGCGACAGUCGAUGUAGAAAAGAAAUUGGCUAAGACUAACGGUCUCUUACAAGAAUUAGCAGAGGAAUGGGAGAGAUGCGAGAAGAAAUUGAAGGAUGUCGGUCAUUGGAUCGAGGCCACUACGAGAACUCUAGAAGCUCCACAAACCGUGAAAAAGCCUCUCAGAGACAGGCUCGCUCACAGAGAGAAACUCAUCAAUGACAUAUCAACGCAAAAGACGAAAAUUACAUACGCAGUCGAGAAACUCAACGUACACUUCGGGCCGGAGGGCGUGGCGUCGCAGAACCGCUCGCCGAAGGGCGUGCAAGUUGCGGCGCGCGAGCUGGGCUCGGCUCUAGACGCGCUCAGUGCCCGCACCAGUGCGCAGGCUGCGCAGCUGGGCGCGGCGCUGGCGCAGGUGGAGGCGUACUGCGCCGACAUCGUGCGCCUGCGCGCGCAGCUGCUCGACGCCGAGCAGCGCCUGCGUCACGCGGCGCAGCCCAACUACAGCCCGCGGGACCCCGACACGAAGCUGAGACACCAACAGGAGGUCACGCGGCGUAUCGAAGAGCUGACUCGGUGCGUCUACGAGUUGGACCCGUUCUACGAGGGCGAGGAGGACCCGGCGGCCACGCUAGCCGUGCUCGUGUCGAGCGGCGCCCGCGCGCGCGCCGCCCGCCGCCCGCGCUCCCCCCUCCGCCGCGCGCCCCCCGCACCACCCGCCCCGCAAGCCCCGCCCAACGCCUGGCUGCAGCCCGGCGCCACCUACGCCGAGAUAGUGAAGGGCCAGAGCUCGCGCUCCAGCUCGCUGCACUCGCGCCAGCCCAGCGCGCACGGCACGCACAGAAUGCCAAGCCCCGGCGCGAGCCCGCCCCGCAGUGAUAGUGUAGUGAGACAGUUCUCACCGGUCCCCAGUGACGGGGUGGAUUACAGUGAAACCGUACAGUGUCAUGUCAGUGAAAGUGUUAUGUAUUCCGGUGACGACGAUCGUUACGAUACGGUAUUGGAGACACCGAGUUAUAUUGAGACGCCUGAGAUAGAAAUAGUGGACGUAGUCCCCCAGGACUAUCAGCAGCCUACUCAAAUAGAGAAAGAGGCGGAGUCCGUUAGGACGCCGACGAUCGUAGAAUUGGAACCGCCGGUAGAUCGAGCUCGAUCGAUCAGCCCCGGAGGCAAAUAUAGAUCUCAAGAUCUAUCUUAUGCGGAAAUAUUGGCUCUCGGUCUGAAGAAGCAGGCUACGACGCAGUCGAUUACGUCUCUACCGAAACCCCAAGUUGCGCAGGUGGAAAUGGUAAAAGAAGUUAUCAUAGAGGUUGAGAAGGCUCCUCAAGCCCCUGUGGAAUAUAAAGUCCCGUCCAGAGAAUCCUCUAAGUAUAGAUCGGAAAGACGCGAGAGACCUUCACAGCGCAGUCGGUCUAGAGAUAUGCCUCGACAACGAAGAGCACCAGAAAAAAGACCGACUAAAUCACAUGACGUACAGACUCUAAAGAAAAAGAAAAUGUCUAGAAAAGUUAUUGAAGUACAAGAAUUUGAAGAGACGCCUGAAACUGUUAAUCCCGAACCGAUCGUUUCAGAAAGAAUACCUCAAAUUCAUCACAAAAUUAUAGAGAAUGUAAAAAGUGAAGAGAUAGUAAAAUCAGAUACAAAUACCAAUAUUUCAGAGACCACCAACAAAAGCGAUUAUGAGGACUCGGAAAUUGCCGUGGAGACUACUCAUAAGAAAUAUAAAAAGAAACCGAAACCUAAAAAGUCUAAAGAUAGUGAAGAUGAAAUUGAAAAGGCGUUAAAAGAAAUAGAAAAUUCUUCCAAACAGAGAAAGAAGAAAACUAAAAAUAUACAUGAAGUUCCAACAGACACUGUUGAUAUAACUGUUACAAAAGUAGAUCCACCAGAAAAGAAAAAACCGUCUAAACAGAUAAAAUCUGAGGUGAUGAAAGCAGAAGAUAUUGAUAGAGAUACUGAAAAAGAAAUUUUCAAAACCCAAGCAAAAUUAGACAAUAAAUGUCAGAUAAUGAAAGAAAAAACUAUUUCACAAACCCUAAUAGAAUCUGAAAGUAAGAAAUAUGUUGAAACUUCGACUGAAUAUAAAGCUGAACCGACAUUAAACCCGUUAGAACCUGAAGAGUUAAAAACAAAAAAGAAAAAGAAAUCCAAGAAAAGUAAAUCUACCACUGAGAACGAUAUAAAAGAUGAAUCAUCACAGAUAACCAAAUCUGAUGAUAAAUUAGUUGAAAAAAUUGAGUUGCUUGACAAAGACCCAAAAAUUAUUGUUAAAGACGCUGUUAAAGAAAGUCUUAUUACAAUGGAUUGGAAUGCAUUAAUGGAAGAGGAAGAUAAUAUACCAGAGUCAUCAUUGAGUAUAGAUACAGAAAAAUUACAUACUCUAAAGGAAAUACAUGAACAAGUAGCAACAGAAGUAGAUAUACUUCCAGAAAAAGAAUGUCAAGUUCAAGAUACAAAAGAGAUAGAUAAUAAGGAAAUUAUUCUUGAACUUUAUGAAUCUUCUAUUGUAUCUGAUGUAGAAAGUACACCCCAAAUGACGGAGGAAAAAGAUUUCCAUGUUGGCAAGAUUCAAAAUACGAAAUCUGACAAAAAUAUAGAGAAAUUUGCAGUUUCAGAUUCUCUAUUGAUACCCGAAAAUAUUACUCCUAAAGAAGAAAAAAAAGAGAAAAUAGAAUUAAGGUCAUCGUCGCUUACUAAGGAGCAAAACGUCACUACUAAGCCUGAAGAAACAAUCUCGGUUGUAGAAACAACAAAUAUAAAUGUGGAAACAACAAGUAAAAAUAUUAAAGAAUCGAAGUUGGAAAUGGUCCAAAAUAUAAAUGAGGAAGAAUUAAUUUCUGUUAAUAUAGAAGGUGAACAAAAUAACAAUGAUAAAUUUUUCUCAACUGAGCCUUUGAAGGAAAUUGCCGAUGUUGUUCAAGAAGUAACUACAUAUGAACCUCAAGAAGUCGAUACACAUACUAUAUAUCUCAUAACACACGAAGAGAAGAAAUUGCCGCCAAUCAGAACACUCAAGGUGUAUAGUAAAGACGUUUCUAAUGACAAAAUACAAACACCUGAUAAUGAAAUUAAUAUUAAAAUUGAACAAAAAGAAGAAGAACAGCAAACAUCCGUUAUUAAAGACGUAAUAAAAGAAACUAUUGACCAAAAAGAAAACAUUGAAAUGUCAAUCAAAUCUGUCGCUGACCAAUCACAAACAAUUGAAAAUGAGAAUUUACAAGUUGAUGAUACAUUCUUAGAUAAAUCUCCAGAAAUGGAAACUGAAAAUAUAACUGAAGUACACACAAGAUAUUCUUCAAAUUCUAAUGAAUCUGAGAGUAUUUUAAAUAAUACCAAGCUCGUUUAUGAUUCUGAGGAGGUACUUGAACAAGCAAUUUUCGGAUCAGUUCAAGAACGAAAAAAACAUCAGCCUGAAAAGAUUAUUACGAUUCCGUAUAAGGAAUUAGUGGAUGAAGUUAAAACUUAUUCGGUUGAUCUAGAUUAUGAACAACUGGAUUAUAAUUAUUACGAACUAAAGAAAAAGGAAUUAGAUAGCCUACAAAACAAUAAUGAAAUUAGUAAUAUUGUGGAAAACAUACAACCAAAAGAAGCUGACACAAUAUUAGAAGGAGAAAAAAUAUUAGAUCAGAUAAAAAUCAGUGAAAAUCAUUCCGAAACUACACAUUUGGUUGAGAAAAAGUCGGAAAAGAAAACAAAUUUACCUGAAACUAAUAUAGUUGAUGAUAAUGUAUGUUCCAGUACAAUAUUAAAUAAGCAAGAGCACGUUAUGUUGGAAAGUCCUAAUUACAGUUAUCAGGAAAAUGCAGAUUCUGAAAAACUUUUAGGAGUUAUAAACAGUUCUAAGAAAGAACAAGUAAAACAAAUUCCAUUAGAAUCAUCCAUGGAGCCAGAUGAAACACAUUUCAUAGACGAUAAAAAGAUAAAAUCAAAUCAAAAAUCUGACAAACAUCCGGAAACAUUAUGCAAAAUUAUUGACGAUGAAGAUAUAAACAUUAAACAUCUCAUUGAAGAUAUUCCAAGACAAAGCUACCAUGAUAUCAAAGAUUCUGAAAAACUUUACGCUUUGACCUUAGUAAAAUCAUUAAAAGAUUUCGAAAUAUCAAAGAAUGAUGAUAUUGUAAUAGAUAAAACUGGAGAUUUAAUUUACACUUCUUCAGAAUUGAUACAAGGAGAUCAGGGAUCGCAGGCAGAGACACCCAAUGAUAAAUUCACGACCGAAAAAAUUAUUAAAGAUUAUAUUCUUGACAGCAACGCAACUUAUAACUAUCAAGAUAUCAAACGAGGUGAAGAACUUCUUGCAAUUAAGUCUUCUAGAGAAAAUAGUGUAGAACCUUUAGAAUUGAAAAAUCAAGCAGACUUGCUUGAUGCUGAUAAUCAGGUUAUUGAUGUUGAUUCAGCAAUCAAUUCUAAUGAAAAUGUACUCGAUCAAGAGAAAAGCGUGGGUGUUAAAGAUGAUGAAAGAACCAAAACAAUUAUGUAUGAAAUUCCUCGAUUUAUGUAUAGCGAUUUAAAUGAUGCAGAAAAACUGUUAGCCUCUUGUUCGACAGUCAUAGAAAAAACAAUUUUGACGGACGGACACAUUCCAUCGGCUGAUAAGUCUGAUGACAACAAGGUUAUUGUUGAAAAUAUCCCAUCAGCCGCUAAGCCUGAUAACAAGGCGGUUAUAGGUGAAAAUAUCCCAUCGGCUGAUCAGACUGAUGAAAAGACGGUCAUUGCUGAAAAUAUUCCAUUGACCGAUAAGCCUGAUGACAAGACGGUCAUUGUUGAGAAUAUCCCAUCGGCAGAUAAGCCUGAUGACAAGAAGGUUAUUGUUGAAAAUAUAUCAUCGGCUGAUAAGAUUGAUGAAAAGACGGUCAUUGUUGAGAAUAUCCCAUCGGUAGAUAAGCCUGAUGACAAGAAGGUUAUUGUUGAAAAUAUACCAUCGGCUGAUAAGCCUGAUGACAAGACGGUCAUUGUUGAGAAUAUCCCAUCGGCAGAUAAGCCUGAUGACAAGAAGGUUAAAGUUGAAAAUAUACCAUCGGCUGAUAAGAUUGAUGAAAAGACGGUCAUUGUUGAAAAUAUAACAUCGGCAGAUAAGCCUGAUGACAAGACGGUCACUGUUAAAAAUAUCCCAUCGGCAGAUAAGAUCGAUGACAAGAAGGUUAUUGCUGAAAAUAUACCAUCAGCCGAUAAGCCUAAUGACAAGACGGUCAUUGUUGAGAAUAUCCCAUCAGCAGAUAAGAUUGAUGAAAAUGCGGUCAUUGUUGAAAAUAUAACAUCGGCCGAUAAGCCUGAUGACAAGAUGGUCAUUGUUGAAAAUAUCCCAUCUGUUAAAACUGUCCCACCGGCUGAUAAGCCUGAUGACAAGACGGUUAUAGGUGAAAAUGUUUCUUCGGCUGGUAAGGUUGAUGACAAGACGGUUAUGGGUGAAAAUAUCCCUUCAGCUGCUAAACCAGAUGACAAGACGGAAAAGUCUAAUGAAAAAUUAACUCCCAAAAAUAUACAAGUUCAUGACGAUCGUGAUAAUAAUAGCAAGACUAUGCAUAUCAAAGAAAAUACAGAUGUUUCUAACAAGCGUACGAUUGUUGAUGAUGUACCUAGAUUUAAUUAUUACGAAAUAAAAGAUGCUGAAUCAAAAUUAGCUUCUAUAUCUACACCUAAGACAACUCAAUCAGAUAUUCCUGAAGGAACACUUGAUUCAGUCGAUGAAUCCCAAUCAAAAGAUAUUCAAUUUAAUGAAAAUGUAGUUAGUAUUGUAUCUACUCUUGAAGAAAACAAAACUUUCGAAAAAGAAUUCAUACGUGAGGAAUGUGACAAUACGUUUGAAGCUAAACAAAAUGAGGGAGAAAAGUAUAACGUUGAAGAUUCGCGCAUUACAGAUGCUCCAUUGGAAUUAUCUUUAGAUACCGCUACACAAAUUGAUGUCAAGCAGGAUACCAUGGAUAAUUUUAGAGAUAUAUCUACUAUGAAUGAAGCUGAAGGUUCUGAUGGGUCUCUUGUAAACAUGGUAUUCGGUAAAUUAGAUACAAUAAAAGUAUCUACCACAUUACCGCAAACCUAUGAUAAUUCUUUCGUUGAAGAUGUUAAACCUGAUACGGUCAUGAGUGAAGUUGACAACGGUGAAUUUAUUAUUGUAGAUUUGGUAACAAGCGUUGAUAAUAGCACUAAUGAACUCAAUGACACUGAAACAAAUUCUGUCGAAAACCAAGAAUUUGAGCAUCUGAAUGUGCUUGAAACUAGUUCAAUAGAAUUGGUUGAAAAUGCCAUAAAAUUAAUCGAUGACACAAUUGAGGAUGUAACGAUUAUACCAGCUCCACAAAACUUAAAUGAAGACGUGACUGAACCCGAUCAAAAUUCUCAAUUCGAUGAAAGUACAAAUAUUAAAGAAGAUGAAAAAUCAACAAACGUUAUAAGCACUGAAACCUAUACAACUACGGUUGAAAGUCAAAUUCCAGAAGAUAAUAAAAUAACUUUAGAUAUUGAAGAAGACUUCGAAAUAAUCACUACACAAUCAGAAGAUUUUGACACGGAGAAAGAGUUUUCUGAGCCUAUUCCUAUCUCGGCGGAUAUUAAAGAUCACCUAGUUAAAUCAAUAAAACCUGAUCAAUCUAAGUCCACCGAUACGCAUGAAACUAUACGUAGGGAUGAAAUAAGUACGGUUUGUUCAAAUAUUGAAAAUAUCGAUGUAGUUGAUAGUAAAUCAAAAACUGACGCGACUCGACAUGAAAAGUCACCUAUACAUAGUUUGCAUGAUCUCUUGCCUGAAAUUGACUCUAUCCCAGAAUUUAAGCCAUCCUAUCCCAAUACCUUCUUCUCUAAUCUGUCAGCUGACGCGCCAGAAUUUACUCCAUCAUAUAUGUACCAAGCUGUCCAAAAAGAAACGCAACCCAUACCAACCAUGCAUACUGACAAUAUACCUUUAACAAAUAAAAAUGAUUCAAUCCCUAAGUUUUCCCACAAUACCGAGGAAAAUAAAACACCAUCAUAUUCAUCUAUCCUAGGCCAUAAAAAGAAAAAGGUAGAAACGCAGAUAGUAACCAAAGAAAAAAUCGAGAAAGAAAAAGAUAGUGCUAGUAUGCCAAAAUAUAAUAAAAACACUGAACCAAUAACACAAGAAAAAAUUGAAGAAAAACAUAAAGUGGAGAGAAAGGAAACUACACCGAUAGUUGAAAAUAUCCCUAAACUAACUGAGGAAACAUUUACAUCAACAACUAACAUUCAAGAAAAUAUAUGGAUUAAAAUGAUGGAUGAUAAUAAAUCGUAUGCGGAAGUCGUGGCAGAAGGAUUAUUACCCAUUGAAAAACAUGUAGAUCAACCUGUGAUUUGUGAAAGUAUAAAACCGGAAUCUGAACAAGAAGUAGAAAGUACAAAUUUACGAGAAAAUACAGCAGAGAGCCCUGAUAUAGAACCGGCUAACUCUUGGGCCAAAAUAGUUGCUACUAAUUGCCCUGUACCUGAUCCAGCACUUAAAACAGAGAUGUUUGAAUCUGAACGUAAUAUUCACCACAAAGCUCCUAUUAUCUUAGUCGACGAGACUGAUUCCGAUCAUAAAACACAGAAAGAAAUCGAUUCUGAAGGAUUUAUUACUGUUGAGAGAAGCAGAAGAUCGCGUUCCCGAUCAAGGGAAGUUCGAUCAACUUCAGUAUCCAAAGCACAUCAAACAACUGCUCGAGAUAAAUCUGAAAACAGAUUUGAUGCACUUAUAGAUUCUCUUAAAAAUGAUGAGGAAGAAUCUGUUCGCAGUGUACCUUCUGAAGAAGAAAAAGAGUCCACACCAAAAGUGAGAAAAGGACGUAGUUCUAAACCAAAAGAAAAAGCACCGCAACACAAAGUAGAAAAGAAUGAAGAUAAGGAAAUAAAACAGAAAAAGGAACGUAUCACGAAAUCAACUGAAACUAUUCAAACUGAAUAUGUCACCCCUAUUCAAUCAGAAGACGUUGAAAGUAAGAAAAAGUCUAAGAAAAAGAAGAAGAACAAGAAAAGUGCUACUGAACUGCAUGAGACAAUAGAGAAAGAUGUCACCACUAUGGACAGCCCUACGGAAACCUUGAAAGAACCAGUUAAUGUAAUUGAUAUUCACAAAUCACCUCUUUCAACACCAGAAUCCAUUCAAACUCCUGUAAAGGACAGAUUUUAUUCCGAUGCUCAAUACUGGAAAAUGGAUGCCAAUAUAAUUGAUGAUUUAAGUAAUUUAACUGAAACAAUCACUGUUGAUUUAAGCUCUGAUCAAGAGAUUAAAAUUCAAACAAAUUCUGAUAGUGUAGAAGAAAAUAUAUUAACAGAAACUCAACCAAUUGUGGUUGUUCAAACUGAUAACAUUACCACGAAGAAAGAUGUGGAACCAGAAUCAAAUUAUCAAGAUAUUAAAAAAGAUGAACAGAAAAUAAUUUCCAAAGAAUUAAAUGAACCACCAAAGAACACAUAUCAAGAUCUUAAAACAAUCGACAAAAUGUCUGAAGAACAGUCUCUUGAGUAUAAAAUGGCCGAUUUACAAAGAGAAAUCGAGGAAAUGUUAUUACCUGAAAAUGAUUGCUCUGUAAUCAGUGAUAUUACACCUAAAGAGUUAGCGGAUACGAAUGAAUCACUUGAUGAACAAGAUGAAAUAACUGAAAAUAUUACACCUUCCCUUGCGUCACCAGAACCUGAAGAUUUCCAGCAUCAUGCUGAAAUUAGCCGUAAAAAAUCAUUAGAAAGAGACACGUUGCAAAAGGAAAAAUCGCCACAACAAAUUAACGUUCAAUCAACAUCAAACGUAGAGACACCGAUAACAAACACUUUUAAAUCUCUUCAAAAACAGGACUCGAAUGAAGGCAUACUCACAAAGAAAACAGACCUCUAUAUUGAGACAUCGAAUUCCGUGCAUGAAACUACUAACCGUGAUUCUCUUACUAAUACAAUUGCUAAUUUAAAACUCGAUAAUUUCUGGCUAGAGAAAAGUCAUAUAGAUGACGCAGAAAAACGUAUUAUACAAAAUAAUUCUAAAGUAGGGAUCGAAGAAAUAAACAUUGCGCCCGAAAAAGAAACUGUACCUCAGAUCGAAAGUAUAAAGUUAGAUGAUAACUCGGAACUAAUAUCAUUUGAACAAAAUCUUUAUAAUGAGCGUUCGUUUUGGACCGACAAACACAUAUAUCAUGACGCCGAAUGUAAUUAUUUCGUACAAAAACAAAACAAAAUUAAAACUCCUGAUACAGUAAUCGAAACCGACGUUAAUGAUAAAAAGGAUAAGGAUCGCGAUCCCGGUAGUGGGUCUGGCCAUUCUUCUGACGCAGAAGAUAAAGACCGAUAUGGAUCUUGUGGCUCUCCAUUCGAUUCGAAUUACAUUUCGAUGGAUCUUCCCGGCGGUAUUUGUAGUUGGAAAGAUCAAACGUCUUACUUAAGUACCGAAACCCCAACCGACUCUCUGUUGGGAGUAGGGAGUGAAGACGUAUCCCAAAUAGGUAUCGACACCACAGAGGAUGCACUAACAACCCCUACCCUAGAACCAGACGCCCAACCCGAACCCCUACAGGAGCUGCCCGCCGAGGAAGAAACCCGGAUGACGACCAAGGAUGAGUUAUCUAACGAUAUUGAAACACUGCUUGAAGAAGUGAAGAUCGUUCAGGCUAAUCUAUCGGAUCUUCCGAAUGAAAGUCUGGACGCUAUGGAACAGGGUCUUAAGGAGGGAAUAUCGAUUCUAGUCAAGUGUCAAGAAGCGGCCGAUAUUUUAGAACAGAAAGUCAUGGAAUUCCGCCAAGAGGCAGAAGUACAAACUUUAUUAAAGGAUCUCAUUGUUAUGAAAGCUAGGAUUGCUAAGUUGCUGGUUCAAGCCCGCCAGGGUCUGGUCACCAUCCAGGUAAGAAAGGACGCUAAAAAGGAAUUAGAAAGGCAAAACGAAGAAGUAGAAGAACAAAAACAGAAGAUAAGUAAAUUAGAUGCUUGGCUCGAAACUAUUAACGAAGAGCUAAAGGAGUCCACCCAACAAUCUGAAAUAUUAACGGAGGAAACUAUUUUACGUUACAUUGAAAUAUAUGAACGUUAUAUUAGAGAAUAUGAAGAAUAUGAAAUAAUUUUAAAGUCUAUUUGUAUCAUAAUUCGUGAUGAUUCUAGUCAAAUGAAAGAGAAAUUAAAUAUUACGAAAAAUACAUUAGAGAAAACAAGAAAACUAGUCAUUAAUGAGAUAGAAAGGUUAAGAGACAUAUUGAUGCAUAUUAGAAGUGUACAUGAUGUUAUUGAAGAGGAUAUAUCUCAAACGGAUAGGACAAUUGACUCAACUUCAAUGCCAGAAGAAGUUGUUUCACCACGUGAAGUUGAUGUAGAAUCAAAAUUAGACAAACAACCAAUUACAGAGGAACCUUUCGUACAAGAAAGCCAUAUUACACAAGUUGAAACUGAAAUUAAAGAACCUACACCAUCUAAAAUCAAAGAAACUGAAACAAUUGAAACACAAACUGGACAAAGUUUAAUGUCAGAUAAACCUUCUGUUACUGAUAAAUCUGUUAUAUGUCAACCUGACCCGAUAUCAACACAUGACGUUUCUAUAACAUGUGAACCACCAAAAGAUAUUGAGGUUCAAACAAGUGAACCGAAAUCAGAAGAAAAAGAAAUGCUUGAAAAUAUUCACAUCAGAAAAACUAUAUCUGAAGGUCAUGAAACUAUUGAAAUUGCAAGUAAACCAGUUUAUAGAGAAUAUACCACGAAUGAACAAUCUCUUGUUGUGGGCGCUGAUUAUAAAGAUUCUGAUUUACAUAAAGACACGAACCUAAAUAUAACCCAUAGUUUGCCCCAAUCGUUUGAAACAGUUAUGGUAGAACCUGAUGAGACUACAACAGAAGUCGUUGUCGAUGCUGAUGGUACCAAGAGAAUAAUUGUGAAGAAGGUCAGGAAAACUCUUGUAACUCGACAACAGAUCAUUCACAAUAAGGAACAGAGAUCACAAAUACUUUCGAGUGAUGCUGUUCCACAAGAACAAACUUUCUCACAAAUAACUAUGAGAGGUGAUAAAGGGUCUACUACUACUACUUUAGGCGAUGGCGGAGUGCAAACUAUACAAUAUCAAACAUACGGAGGUGAAAUUGUAUCUGGCUUGCCCGGUGGAGAAGUCACAAUUCAAGAAUUCACAUCUAAACCAGAUAUGUUAAUAUCGUUAGAACAAGGUUUUAAGCCCGAUGAUAUACUGCAAAUCGCUGAAGGUGAAAUCAAACCGCAUAUACAGACAUCUUCAUCUAGCGUCACAGCCGUUGUUCAACAAGUGACUAAACGAAUAGUAAAGACGCGUCGUCGUAUUAUUCGGAGAGUUGUAAUUAUUGAUGGUAAAGAACAUGUGACAGAGGAGGUAAUCGAUGAACCAGACAAUGUUGAAAUAACUGAAGAAGAAAUACCUAGAGUUUCCAUCAGCGUUAAGGAUGGAUCUUAUGUACAAGUAGAAGAGCCGGAUGAUAAAGGCGACGAUGAUAUAGAAAAACGUUCAGAUUCACGUGACAAACAAUUACCUCGUGAAUCACCACAACGCGACCAAAAUGACCAAGAACAGUCUAAACCAGUCAUUACUGAACCUUCAGAAGAAAAUGACGACGAAAAACAACAGCCCAUCGAUGAAAAGUCGGAACUCGAACACUUGGUCAAAGAAUUUAUCCAAAAAGAAAGUAUGUCUGAUUCACCUCAAGCAAAUAUCGAAACAACUACAAGAGAAACAAUUCAAUUGUUUGAAGAGAAACCCACGGUGCAGACUGAUAAUAAUCAACUAGCUACGGAACAAAUACACCAAAUUAGUGGAUACUCUGACUCUACUAUGCAAUUAUCUUCCGUAAAUGUGUCUACUGUGGUACAAAAAGUAACGAGAAAAAUAACAAGAACAAGAAAACGUAUUAUAAAACAUAUUAAAAUUAUUGAUGGAAAGGAGCAUGUUACUGAAGAAGUAAUUGAGGAACCCGAUGAUGUAGAAAUAAUCGAAGAGGAACCAAAAAUUAGUCAUUCUCUACAGGAACAAGGCGUAAAAACUAAACGCAUAAGAAUAGUGAGGCAUGUGCAGAUUAUUGACGGUAAAGAACAUGUAUCCGAACAAGUUAUAGAAGACUCAGGUGAUGAAUACGAACCAACUUCAACGAUAACCACCGAUAUUAAUGCGCAUAUAAUACCGUCUCAAAUUCCCCAAGAACAUGAAUAUUUGCAAGGUGAUGUUGAGAACACAGGUAUCGUGACUUUGCCUCUAGAAGAGCCCAUUUAUGAUAAUAGGACUCAAACAAUUGACUCGUCAAAAACAUUAAUUGAAAGUGAAACGCAUGGCUCUCUUCAAGAUGCGAAAAAAGUUCCUGAAAACUUUGAAGCAAGUGAUGCGUUAAUUACUCGAGAUAAAGAACAAAAACCAAAAGCACCUACAGGUAUCGUAGUGGAAACCUCUCCCGAUACACAUAUUAUAGAUAUCACAAAACGUUUGCUAGGAAGUGAAAGUGACCACACUGCACUCAGCAAAGGAGCUUCAACAACGGGGGAAAGAAAGCCAUUAAUGAAAAGUGCAAAUGACAAUGAAGUUUCUCGUGAAACUAAUGUAGAAAUACCCUUAAAAUCCGUAGAGCCAAAUAUUACUAAAGCAGUUGAAUUCACUGAAACACCCGAUGUUACUGAAAAGAGUCAAGAUGACGUUGAAGUUAUCACUAAAGGUAUCCACGUUGAAAAUAAUGUAACAACACGUGAGAGCAAAGCAGAACCUGGUGUUAUAGAAUUACAAACAGCUGGUGCAAACGUAGACAACAUACCUAUUGUAAAAGAUGAUAAACCUAAAGAAAAAGAUCAAAUUGUAGAUAUCAAGAAAGCAAAAGAUGAGAUAACAAAGGUUGAAGAAAUUGUAUCUAUGAAACAACCAAAAGAUGACAUCAAAAAAGGAGAGGAAAAAAUAUGUGUCGCUAAACCAGAAAAAGUGGAUAAAAAAACGAAAAAACAAGACAAAGACACAGAAAAACUCAAACACGAUUCUAUAAAAUCAGAGAAGAAUGUAGAUAUCGAGCAACCAAAAGGUGAAUUUAAAGAAACAAAAACAAUUGAAGACAUUAAGAAAAUUGAUGAUUUAUCCAAAAAAUUAGGGACAAAAGUGGGAGUUAAAAAACAAGAUGAGAACAAAGAAACAAUUCCGGCUCCCCUUCAACCUAAAUCCAAUGAAGUUGAUUUAAAAGUUACGAAGAAAGAUUUAGAAAUCUAUGAGAAACCAAAGGAAGAAAACAUUUCACCUAAGUUGGACACCGAAUGGAAACACAAAGUAACGGAAGAAUACACUAUGCAAAAAGAACCUACAAAUGUCGUUGAAUUAUAUGACAAUCAACCCACUGUAGAAAUUAUUGAACAAGAACAGCCACAAAUAGUUAUGAAGAGAAAGAUAAUCAUAAAACGUGUACAAAUUAUAGAUGGAAAAGAGUAUGUAACGGAAGAAGUUAUUGAAAAACCAGAAGAUCAAUUGACACUUGAAAAUAAUCCUUCAGUAGUUCAUGUUUUACAAAAAGAAGGACUUAAGACAAAACGUAUAAGAAUCAUACGACAUGUAGAAAUUAUUGACGGGAAAGAGCAUGUAACAGAAAAAGUAAUUGAAGACGACGGUGAUGAAUACAUUCCCGAUUCAACAAUAACUACUCAAAUUGAUGUAUCCAUGUCGAAACCAACAGACGCCGAAAAAGAUAUGGCGAAAUCUAUAACUACUCAAGAAGUAACGACAAGCGUUACUGAAGAAAUACCAAAGGUCGUUGAACUUGGCCAUCAAAAUAUUAUUGAUAUGACACGAAGUUUGAUAGAGAGUGAAAGCGUGAUACCCAAGUUAUCAGUUCAAGAUAUAAAAGCUCCCGAAGAAACAUCAAUUCAAACUACUUCAAUAGCAGCUGCAGCAACCUUGAAGGACGAUAAGAUCAAUGUAAAUAAUGAGAAAUUACGUGUGGUGGAAUCGCAGGAAGACAAAACUUUACCCGAACUAGUACAAAUUCCUGAAAUUAUAGAAAAAACUGAAGAGGAAAAGUUGAGCAGCAGUGACGUCGAUGGUAAGGCUAAAGAUCUAAACGACGAACCACAACAGAAUCGUUUCAUACAAAUGGAUGUAAAUAGACAAUUUAUCACUGAAGAAUCAAAUAACCAGCUUCGUGAAGGUAAAAAUAACCUAAAACAAGAUGAUUUGUUGCCUGAGACCUUAGAUAUUAUAUCUCCAAUACACGAUAAACCAACAAAAUCAGAUGAUAUUGUAACAGAAAAAGAGAUUGAUAAGUCCUUAACUAUUUCAACUGAUAAGUCUGUUGAAAAUGUGCCAACUAAAUUAACAGAAGUAGUUGAUACAAAAACGUCAAAGUUAGAUUCGACAAGUGCAGACAAAAUACAACAACAUCCAUCACAAUUCAUCGAAGCAGUGGGUGAAGAAACAAUGACGAUAAAACGAGAUGAAAAUAUUAUGGACAAUGCAAAUAAAAAAGAUGAUAUAACCUUACAAACAGAUAACGACCCUUCACCUGUCUCAUCUUCUACAGAAGUUCAAAAAAUUAAAUUAGAAUCUUUACCUUCCCCCAUGCCAAUAGACGUUGAAACACCUAAGGUAGAAAAUAUUAUUUCUGAAACUGAUUUGAACCAAAAACCGGAAAGCCCAAGGGUUUCGUAUAUUGCUCAAUUUGAAGAAAAUUAUGAAAAAGACUCACCAGAAGCGCAAUUGUUAACAACAUCUGUUGCGUCUUCACCCAUGCCAAAGGACAUUGUACAAAAUGUUUGCAUGUUUAUUGAUGCAGAACGUCAAAAUGUUCAUGUUGAUAUCCCUCAGCCCGAUAUUUUGGUUGAAAAAUUGACCCAAACUGAUAAAAUGUUGGCAGAACCAACAAAAUCUACAGAAAAUAUUGAUAUUUCUAUGUCUAUUACAAAAUCGAAAAUAUCUACGGAUACUGACCCUAAAAUGGAAUUGAAUGUAUCCUUUGAUAAGACGAAAUCUGGAGAAACACAUGUAGUGAAAAAAGAUAUUCAAGUUGAUCUACCUAGUGAGGUUAAAAUUACUAAAGAUGGUCCUGUGAGUACUAAAGAUGUUGCAGGUGUAAAUAAGGAGGAACAGAUAAAAGAAGAAGUUGAUAAAGAAGAUAAAAAACGAAGGCGGAGGAGGAAACAUAAACGGCCUACUAGUGAAAGUGAAUCUCUUGAUACUGAGACUCACACUGAAACUGAUAAAAGUAUUAUUGACACAGAAAGUUCGUCUUUAAGUCAUUAUGUUGAAUUGCCAGCCUCAACGCCUAUUGAUUCUCCUAAGCCUUCUAAUGAUUUGAUAGAAUCUCAAAUAGGAGACACACAAGUUGAACCAGAUUCAUCUUUAGAGUCUCAAACUAAAAAAUCAGUUAAUGAAAUAGGAUACGAACCUGAAGAUACAUCUUUGGACGCAAAUGUGACCGCGGAUUCUAAGAAAAAACAAAAGAAACGUAAAUCUCAUAGAAUUAGCGAAGAAACUUUGUAUCCGAAACAGACAUCAACGGAAGAUGAAACAACCGUUACCUCACCCGUUGAAGUCAUAGAACCUAUAAUCGAAAAGAAAGUAAAAGGUAAGAAAGGCAAGAAACGGCUGCCUGAGCCUGUUGUUGUAGCAGAAUCUCCAGUAACACAAGAAUCUCCCUUAACCGGUCAAGAAAUUACAACAAUAUCACCCAAGGAAGAGUCAUACCAUACAAUAAGUGAAACUUCUGAUAUUAGUACUGUUAAAAUUGUUGAAGAAUGUGUUGGUUUGAGCCCAGAAUCAGUGAAAGAAGAUAUUACAACCACUGUUACAUACCCAGUACCGGUGUUUGAAGAAGUACCUACUCAAGAAUAUUCUGUGCAAACAUCACCAAGAGAUGAGCCAAGGUUGGAAACAAUUCAAAAACCAGAAAUGGCUGACACAGUGCUACAAACGUCUCCGACUCCUGUAUCUGAAGUGAUUGUACAAACAACACCCACCGAAGAUAAAGAAGUAGAUACUCAGACUAACGAAAGUAUGGCACAAAAUGUAGAUUUCUCUGACAUUCAUGUACAAACAAGUAGAACAGAAACUCCAGAAUUAAAAAUUCAACUGGAAGCUACAACUCAAGUUCUUCCAAGAGACAUUUCAAUACCAGAUGAAAAAUCAUCACAAACAUCACCAAUUGAGCCAAGUGUUGAAUCAUCGAAAAAAGAAACAGAUACCCGAGAAAUACAAACUUCCCCAACCCCACAGGUACAGUCUGAUGAGAAAUCUACUGAAAUUAAUAUAGAAACAACUGAUUCUACUAUUCAAACUGUAAAACAAGAUAUCGUUGAUCAGGAGACUAGCACUACGCCAGUGGAAAAAGUAGAACUUUCUGAUAUAAGUAUUCAAACACCUGAAGUUCCAAUGAUCAGUACAUUUACUCAAUCCGAACUUACUCAACAGUUGGAUAUUGUGAUGCCUGUCAGCAAAGAAGAAAAGUCUACAAUAUCCGAUCAAAUUGACGUGAAAAAUACAUCCCAACAAACUUCUCCUAGAACUGAAAAUGAACCCGUCAUCGAAAUUUCUAAGAAUGAAGUGGUCACUGUCGACGCUGUGCAACAAACUACUCCACGUGAAGAAGAAACACUAUCAUCACCAAUACCUCCUUUAGAACUCGAGAAGACAGAAAGUCUCAUAACUGUAGAAAUAGGUCAGCAAACAACACCAAGAGUAACUGAACCAAUACCUGAAACUACAAGGGAUGGUGACAAACGUGUCGUAACAAUUGACUCCACUCAGCAAACUUCACCUAGAGUAUAUUCAGAGGAUUCAAUUUCCACAUCCACGGAUGAGCCCUAUGAGGUUCAUUUAAGAGCACAGAUUUCAAUUCCUCAAGCCACAAACGAUUUCCUUGAUAGUGAGCGUGAAAUAGCAGAGCACUCACUUACAAUUUUGGGCGAUAAACAUAAACAAAGAAAGAGGAAACCGAAGAGAAAAGCAGAAUCGCCGCUAAAAUCCCCUGAAAGUUUGUCUGAUCCUAUUAAUGCAGAAUUGGCGUUGUCAGUUACGCCGACGAGUGAUGAUUUAUCUAGCAAAGACAGUUAUUCUACAGAUGAAGGCAUCGCCCAAAUCCGACCUUCAACAGUGCCAGCCAGUCAGGAAUCUCUAGUUGCACAGUCCCGACCCACUUACUCAGAUGUAGUUCAGAGAUCCAAAUCUAAAUCACCAUCACCUAGUAAGACUUUGCAUGAACCAAAGUCGGAAAAAGCAAGAUUACUGGAGAGUCUUGAAAAACGUACACAGGCUACAUAUGAACCUCAAAAGAAUUCACAGGAUUCCAUGAGUGUAGCUCUUAUUGAAGCUUCUGUGGAAAAAUCAUAUGAUCAUGUGGUCAAUUCUAAAUUAGAGGAAGUUAAAAACGCAAUUGAAAAUAAAGAUCCCAAUAAAGUAGAAAAAAAUGUUAUCGUUAUAAUUGAAACCAUAUCCAUUUGGUUAGAAGAAAUACAAUACAAAAUACAUGGAGCUAUUUCUUCGGGGUCAAAAGUAAUUGAUGAAGCUCAAAGAGUAAAAGAUUUAGAACAACAUGUACAACAUCUUAAAGAAAUAAUAUACGUAACAGAAGUUCAUGAAGAAAUUGUCACUUUAAUUGAAACCUUAACACGCCAAAUGAACGCAGUAAGUCAUUUAAGCAAUGAAAGUAUGACAAAGGUCAAACAAAGUGAGGAAGAGUGGCUGAAAUUCUUAGAAGAUGUAGAAUUAUUGACCCAAUCUGUUGGUAGAAUGAAAGCGAAAUUAGAAGAAUUAAUUGUUCUAGAAAUGCCCACAACUCAAAAAUUGGAUGGAUUAGAUCAAAUGGAAACAGAUAACGUUGAUAAUUUAAAUAAUGUUAGGAAAAUGUUUAAAACAUACCGUACAUUACUCGAAACGCAUCCGAAAAUAGAAUGUCCGUCAGAAUUAUAUAGAUGCGAUGAAGAUACGAAACAUAUUGAAAACACCAUCAAUAUUGAACGGGAUCGUCUCCUACAACUAACUUCAUUAGCUGAAGAGUAUGAGCAAACAUUGCAAGAUUUCGGCCAAAUUACUGACGUUGCGGAAGCUUUACUGGAUGGUAAAAUAAUUGUAUCCAACUUAGAUCACCUUCAUGAAGAGAUACAAAAACACAGGAAAUUCUUCGUAAAUCUUAGUCAUUGUAGAGCCAUCCUUGAAUCUUUAGAAGAUAAUUUGGAUAAUGAGACAAGAGCUAAAUACGCAUCUUUGCAUCAUUCACUUCAUGACAGGGCAACUACGAUCAUAGAUAGAGCGGCAGGUAGAGCUCAACAAAUGACACUAGCCGCUUCGAGAUGGAGUGUACUCGAUCAAGGAAUGAAAGAAGAACUUCAAUGGUUACGAGUAGCAGAACAGAGAAUUCCUGAUCUCACUAACGUAACAUCGAUGGAUCACGAACAAUAUAUCAAUCUGUAUCAAUCAAUCAGCCUUGAUGUUUCUCACCAUUACGCAAAAAUGUUGCGUCUACUAUCUAUCACUGAAGGUCUUCAAAACUUAAUUGUUUGCCCUGGACUAGAAUCUGAAUGUUCUGUAGCUCUUGAAACAUUGUUAAAACUGCAAGAAAAUAUCGACUUUUGGUUGAUAAGGAUUACCGAUUUCAAGGAAAAUUGGUUAACAUAUGACCAUUUGAUUAACAGGAUUGAAGGAUGGAUUAAUUUAGCAAAUAGAGAGAUGGAACAUAUAACGCCAGAAAAUAUUACAACAACAAGUAACCUUCGACGUUUCUGGGAACUAAAAGCACAACAUGAAGUACAUAACAACCUUAAAAAUGAAUGCAGUAUCCAAUUCGAAAAAGCAUUAGAAAUAUUACCCAUAUCAGAUGAAAUGGUGCAACGUCAGUUCUUCUCUAAAGUUGAAGAUAAAUGGCGUGACUUAUCGAAUAGAAUUAACAACAUUCACACAUCAGCCAUUCAAAAUAUUUCGGACCGUGAUGUUACAUCGGGUGAAAAACUUAAUAUUCUGGAAGAUGAAAUAAGAGAACUCCGUGGAGCGCUAGAGGGACUCAAAGGUGUCAUUAAAAGUGAAGAUGAACUGAAUCUUUACAUUGAAAGGCUUCAAGUAAUGACAAGACGCAUCGACCGCAUACAAAAUGAGCUCGGUCGGCUGAGCCUUUUACCAACUGCAGAAUCGGAACGUUUAGGCGCUCUUCUAUCGCAGUCAGGAAUAUUGGAUGAUCAAAUAGCUGAAGAAUUAGAAAGGAGUAUGUUACUUAAAGAGAAAAUUGUACAAGUGCAAGCCGGCAUCGCUCGCGUUCAAAAGGGACAACGGCGUGCUCGAUUAGCUUUGGAAGAAUGUGAGGCAGCAGAACGAUUGGGCAGUGAUGUCGUCGAGAGAGCGACAGAAAACUGUGACAAGUUGUUAGAAGAUCUGGCAGGACAAUGGAAAGACAUUCUCGCAUUGAGACAAGCGCUGCAUACACUGCCCAUAAGUCUUCGUAUUUGUGUGUCACCCACAAGUAUAGAGAAGGACAUUUCUGCAUUACAGGAGACUCAUGCGGAAUUGGAAGCUGCUUGCAAUGAUCUCAGCGUUCGACUCAGGAACAAGCUGCAGCUGUGGAGGCGGUUUGAAAGGCAGCUGGAGCUUGUCCAAGGCGCGGUGCGAGAGGCCGACUAUAUGGUCGAGCUGCUCACUGUCCAAGGACAAGUCGAUUACGAUCGCUUACUGAAAGCAACUGAGAGAUUAGAGACGCUGAGUGAGUCGCUCUCCCGUCGUAGCGGUGAGCUAGUGGGUGAGCUGCGUCACUUGGCCGCGCCGCUCGCCGCCAGCGCGGAGCAGAGCGUGGCGGCCAAGCUGCGCCGCCAGCUGGACGACGCGGCCGCAGCUUACGAGCACACGUGCGCCAACCUCACGCACCUGUGCGAUAAGUACCACAAAGCCGUAGAACUGUGGCGCCGCUACCGCGAAGCCGCAGCCGCGGUGCGCGCGUUCGCGGACACGCACGAAGGUGCGUUGCACGCUCUGCGGCCCGACGACGCGCCCGCUACUGCACAUGCAUGUCUAGAACAAGAAGCGCGCGUCGCGGAGCUGCGCUCGCUGGCCGCUCGCGUCGCCGCCGAGACGGGCUCGCGCGCGCUGCAAGCGGACGCGGACGCGCUCGCGCGGCGCCUGCAGCUCGUGGCUGGCGCGGUACAGGCGCUCGCGGACCUGGGCGAAGCGAGGCAGAUUGCAAGGGCCAAGGCACAUCACGCGAGGGACAUGUUCUGCGAUAUGAGACAGGAUCUGACACCUGUUCACGAAGAUGGCGAGAUCGUUGAGGACAAACUGAUAGCUUUACGCGAUAAUCUUAUAGCGCUAGGAAAGAGUGAAGCUGAUAUUGCACCAGCGAAAGCGGAGCUACCAGAUAUCGAUCGAGAUGUUUCUGAUGAACAUUCUAUAGUCAGGAUACUUGAGUUGUGGCAAGCAAUGUUCAGGGACACCUUCCUGCACUACCAUAGACUGUCCACUGCGUUAGUAAGAUCGGGAGACGCUGCUACAGCACUCAGGUUGUGGAACGAAUACUUACUAGACCUACAAUCAUUCCUAUCAAGCUCUGUACCCGCUGACUAUGAAAACUUAACGGAACAUCGCAGACUAUGCCGUGUACACAGAAACUUGUUAGCGUCACAAAGAUCAGUACUCAUCAAUGAAAAUAGAGAAACUAACAACAGAGACUUGGCUGACAAAUUCGAUACUCUGACCAAUCUUCACAAUGAAACGCUCGCGAAAAUCGUUGAAAGACACGAUGAAGUUAGCACCAGAAUAGCCGCUUGGGAUGACUACAGAGAAAUAUACACAGAACUACUCCGUUGGCUCAAAGAACUCGAAAGAGAAAAGGAAAAGUUACAACUCAGAUAUGUUCACAUUAAGCGAAUAAAUAAAACGUUAACACAGAUACAGAAUCUCUCAGACAAAUUACCAGAAGGACGGAAAUAUUCAGAGAAAUUAUUCAGCAAUCUCAAGAAAGUGCUAGUGUUCACCGAUGACACGUACGGUGCAUCCGUGAGAAUGGAAUACGCGGGUAUUGUGAAGAGAGUCGAUAACUUGCAAGCUAGUCUCGACACGUGGCGCGACUUCCUUACAAGAAUACUCGGUCUUAUUGGUGAAUACGAAACACUAACUGGUGAUUUACAAAAAUUAUAUUCAAAAACACAAGAUGAAAUUAUGUCAUAUUCGGACGAAGAUCGCCUCUCCAGGCCACAACUUAAGAAGGCGACCGACAAGUUCACAGACUUGAGAACAAAGGUUGACAAGACUGAAACGCAAAUAGAAGCUCUAAGUGUUACCCAAGAGCAACUUAAAGAAUGCCUUAGUCCGCAAGAUAUAAGAAUAGUGAACCAAAAGGUCUGGCAACUGCGACAACAACGAGCAGACUUGGAACAUCAACUUUCCAUUAUUAUUCAUAGGUUACAGGAAAGAGUCGAAAUCUACACCAUUUUCGACUCCAGGCUUUCCCGGUUCUCAGAAUGGUUGAAAUCUAUUGAAACGAGACUAGAAACUACAACAUCUAGCAGUGAAGCGGGCGCCUUAGAUCCACAUGACUUAAUACGAAGAAUAAAUUCUGACAUCCAAGCUGAAACCGCCUUAAAAGAACGUGAAUUUGAAUGGCUCACGGAAACGGGAGCUACUCUUAUCGAGCUAUCCAAGAAAGAUGAGAAAUCCUACAGUAAAAGCGUAUCCAAACAACUUAAAGAUGUGCAAGAACGCUGGCACAGUUUACAAGAAUCUAGACGAUUAAGAAUAUCGAAGAUCACAGAGCUAUUAGAGACGAUAUCGCAGUUAGAAGAGCGAUUGACAGAAAUAAGAACCAAAUUACACACGAUUGAAUCGAAGUUAACGACGUCAGUUGUGUUGGAACAGUUAACCACUAAAGCGGUCGAUUCCAAGUUCCAAAGCCGCGACGAAAUUCACAAAGACAUUGAAAACGAAAGCGAAGAGGUCGGUAAUGCGCUAAACCUCUGCGAGCUCGUGUUCAACGAUCCAGAUGUGCUCAAAGGAAACUUCGAUCUGCGCAACCUGCGCACUGGAGUCGACAUUGUAGACAAGAAAUGGAAGAACAUUUGCGAAAUGUCCGAACAGCGCAAGACCGCGUUGAAGGAAAUUCGCAAAUCCGCCGAGCUUGCGAACUCGCUCCUCCCCAAAGUGGAAAAGAAAUUAGACGCAAUCGAAAAACGUGUAGAAAAAGUUGAAUCGCGCAAACAGCGCGGUGAAAGCGAAGACGAGACUGUGUCUAAGUCUAUAAUUAAGGAUUUGGAUAACUUAGAAAGUGACGUAAAGAAACUCGAAGACGCGUACAGCAGAGUGAUGUCAGCUCGAGGCGUGGAAUUACGUAGUAGUGGCGCGGAUGACGCGGCCCGAUUACGCGCGUCAGUACGACGCUGGCAACAGUUACGCGUGCGGGUUGAUGCCGCUGGGGCAGAUGCGCAUAGACAGUUUGUAGCAGCUCAUGGCAAGGCAGUUGUUGCUUUGGCGGAGGCUGAUGUAAGACUGACGAGAGCGCUGCACCUGUCCCCCACUCCAACGGAUAAGGCUGCUAUUCUGAAGGAGUUAGAGGGUGUAGAACAAGACCUGAACGAAUGCGAAGCUCUAGUAGACGACGCUGAUAGACUGUCCACCACAGUGCUCAGUAUAUCCGGGGUCAGUGAUAUGGUGGCGGAGUACCGGGCGCUGUACUCUGAUGUGAGGAUGCGACUUGAUAUAGCUAGAGCAGAGGUCGUUGGUGACGUGGAUAGUGCUAUACAGGUCGACACAUUAAAAUGGGAAACGGACGCCGCACUACAAGUGGACACAUUAACAUCUAAAGAAACGUACCGAGCUGAACUAGCAUCAGCCGUCAAAGAAGCCUCUGAAGGCUUAGAAGCACUAAGAACAGCUCUAUCACACGAAAUUGGUGAAGGAGUGUCCAGCGAACAGCUAGCCACAGCGGCCAAAGAAAUAGCCAAAGCGGGAACUAAACCAUCACAAACAUUAGAAUUGGCCAAACAUUUGUCUGAACUACUCCUAACAGAAUGUGACGCGACAGAAGACGAAGCUAUGCUCAAAGAAGUUGAGUCUCUCUCACUCAGAUACGAAGAUCUCUUGAACCAAGCCAAAAAACGGGAACUACAAAUCAACAAUUUAAGGUUGCCACACUCGGCGUCGUAUGCGCUCACGUGCGAACACGAGUCCGGUCGCAUCACGUGCCCGCUCUGCUCGGACCGCAACUGGAAGCAGCUAGACAAUGACUUGUGGCGGCUCGAGCAGUGGCUGCAGUUCGCUGAGGCCACUGACGAGGCUAGGACUGAUCCUCCGGAGUUGUAUGAUGCACUGGAGGAUACUAUACAGGACCACCGCGAGUUCCUACUGGACCUAGACUCGCACAAGGCGCUGGUGGUGUCGCUGAACGUGGUGGGGUCGCACGUGGCGCGGCACGCGCGCGACGCCGGGGCGGCCGAGCGCGUGCGGGCGCGGCUGGGCGCCGCCAACGGGCGCUGGGACGCCGCCUGCAGCCGCGCCGCCGCCUGGCAGCGCCGCCUGCAGCAGGCGCUCGUGCACAACCACCAGUUCCACGAUAUCGUGGUGGACCUAGUCAACCAACUAGGCGAAGCGGAACGCGUAGUACGAUCACGCGAGCCCCUACGUCUAUCUCUCCCCGAAAACGAGCUCCGCAGUGAGUUCCGUCGCUUCAGCGAGCUGCGCGACGAGCUGAGCCGUGCGGAGCCGCGCGUGCUCGCGCUGCGGGACGCGGCGCAGCUGCUCGAGGGCAGCGCGCGGGAUGUGUGCACACGGCUGGGCGAGCUCCGUCUCCGCCUCCAAUCGCUCCGCAAGCUGACGGGCGUGUACGCGCUGAAGCUGGGCGCAGCUCUCGCCAGCCGGCCCAGCGCCGCGCCAGCCGCGCUCGCUGCUGCUGCCGCUACACUCGCACCGCAGCUGAUGGAGGGUGACGAGGAACAGACCUACAGCCUGCCGCCACUCACCACCGACGAAGCGGGCGCUCCGGGCGCUGAGUCCUUAUCCCGGGUCCGUCGCGGGCUGCGCUUCGUGUGCCGCGUGGCGCGGGCCUCGCUGCCGUUCCAGGCGCUGCUGCUGCUGCUGCUCGGAGCAGCCGCGCUGGCGCCCGCGUCCGACUGCCGCCAGCAGCCCUCGCUGCAGCCCGUGCUGCGGUACCCGCAUGGACCGCCGCCGUUGUAGGGGGGACUAUAGGAAGUGGGGGGUGGGAGGUACCCAGCUACAAUGUGGGGGGAGGUAGCCACCAACGUAUAGGGUGCUAUAACUGCAAUGUCAGAGAAGGCUUCCUGUGGAAUAUUCCUACGCGAUGGGGCGAGGUACCCAACACCUACACUAGAAAUAUUAAAGUAAAACUUCAAAUUUAUAAAUUUCUCGGAUAUACGAUUUACCCAGAUUAGUUGGGUGUAUGAAUGUAAAUCUCGCCACGUAGUAACAUCCUCGGAACUCAGAUUUAUUGCUACUUCUAGACUCCGACGCGUGGUGGGAUAUACGGAACUAUACACGGACUCUGAUAUGUAAAUCUAUUAGCAACUGUUUAUGCGACUUUUGCUGUUACUUUCUCGGACUACUAUACUUCAAGUACUUUUUUAUGAUAGUGCGCAUUUAAUUCCAAAUUAUGUACUCAAAUAAGAUUCUUACAGCGAUGAACGAGAAUCACAAUUUAGCGCUGUAAAAAUCUUAUUUUUUUAAAAUAAUGAAAUCUUAUCCUGUAAAUAGAAAUUUAACGAUUUUGUAAAUAUCAAACUAUGAAAUGUAUGUUUUCAAAAUUAAAAACUUGAAAUACUAAAAUAACUUUUAUAUCGACUGUACUCUGUCUCCUGAAAAUUGUAAACAUGUCGACGUGGAAAAUGUAUUUUAAUUUAAUAAAUACAAAUACACUUUUGGCGUUGACUGUACUUGUGAUUGAAACUGGAUUUGACGAUAUUAAUGUAAGAUACCUAUUUAUAAUUAAGAUCUUCAUAACAUCACAAAUAUCUUGUAUUCGAAUAUUUGGUAAGGUCUAAACUGUUAGCCUACGCUCCUCUGGGGCCCUUCUCAUAUAACGAUCGAUUGGGGUUAUGAAUGGAGCUGAAUUCUCGAAGGCCAAAACUGUCAUUGAUUAUGUCCUUUGCCCCUCUCAAAGGACAUCCAUUUAAAUAUAAAAAAAAUACAAUAUAAGUGUAUCAUUAUUUUUAUAUGACCCCGAGUCGAUGACGCAAGCCUUCGUCGUUCAGCGCAUGCGCGUUCCAAACCGCUUUUAAGAAAACGCGGUUUCCGAGCGCGCGAAAUGACAUUCCAUAUUCACAUGGUGCUAAGGCCAACGGAGCCCGCCGCCGCAUGUAUAUAAAAUAAAACGUUUUUGUAUGUUUGUAACGUUCGUAAAUGAAAAGACAGGACGCGACGGCGGGCUCGUGUCUCGCGCCGGACCGAACGAUAUAUUUAUUUUAUAAAAAAAAUAUAUUUAUUAUUUAUAUAAUCUGUAUUUAAAGAUGGCGCCGCACAAAUCAUACGACGGCUUAUUCGCAUUCACGCAUUGUUACUUAAAUAUUAGAUUGUAAGGACUGUUUAUAAAGUCAAUAAAGCCUUGCAUUGAUUA